AUGGCUAAAAACGGUGAUGUUGAGGAUGUAAUUGAGAAUAAAAUGUCCCUUUUUUAAGCCGUCUCUCCAUAUUGCGACAAAAUAACGAAAAAUGAAAUUCUAACACAAAACACGGUGGACUGUCGUGUUGAAACUUUGAAACGUUAUUUUAUUUGUUUAUCUGUUUUUCAGAAGUUUACGCUAUCGCGGACGGUCGUGACCAAUCAGUAUUUAUUAACAACGUACAAAUAUUAUUUCUAUACAUAAAUAAUAAUAGAUAGUACUAUACAUUACUAUUACCUAUGUUACUCACAUGUUUUUCGUUAUAGACGGCCGUUUCUCAUAAGUUCACGCUAUCGCAGACGGCCAUAACCAAUUAUUAUUUUUAUCAACGACGUUCAAAUAUUAUUUCUGUAUACUGUAUAAGCACUAUUAGCACGCAACACACUAUAGAAGUAUAGGGUAUAGAGAUAGACUAUUCCAAAUAAUAUUCCAUAUUAAAUAUAGUGUAUACAAAAAUAUUUUUCCCCACUGCUUAUCUUUAGUUCGACAUUUUAAAGUAAUUUUCUUGAAAAUAUUGAAAAAAAUUACUUAUGCUUCGCGGUUCACUGAAGUAGUCUCCACGGAACCCUGGGGUUCCACGGAACACAGUUUAAGAAACGCCGAUCUAGUAAUAAUGGAUAAUAAUGAAUAAUUUGCAAGGUUUUUAACGUUAUUUACUACGAAUUCACGUUAAUUCCAAACAGUAUUAGUUAAUGAUGUUAAUUGAAAUUCAAAUAGAAUUUUAUGUUAAUUAUUGUAUAUUUGUUAGUUAAUAAAAAAAAAAAGAUGAUAUUUAAAUUUGUAAAUGAUAAUUAUUUAUUUUCACACGAUAAAGAAAUGUGGCAUUUAUAAUUGCAUAAAUUCCCAACUACACGACAGGUACAUUUUUUCGUUUUACAUUUCGUCUUACGAUGCCAUCUUUAAUAGCCUUGUGUGCCCAUAAGACUAUUUCAGGCUGCAGCUUCUCGAAAUAUUAUCUCUUUUUUUCCCGACGAUUCAAGAAGUUUUGAGAUCCAAUAAAAUUUGUAUGGUACAAGGUGAGACCUCUUUGUACUUGUGUUUAAGAAAAUCAUUUUCGGUACCUUAUUCAAAUAUAAAUACGUCAGAAAGCCCUAUCCUAGCCCUAUCACCCACUAAGCUUAUUAAUACAGCAGCUGUAAUACUAUCUAGUAUCUAUCGCCGUAAAGAUAAUAUUUUACAAAGUGUAUAGAAAUUAUCGAUAUUCAAACCAAACAAAUAAUUAAAAACGAUAUAAACUCGUUUGUUCGGUAACUAACGUAAUUUUCUAGAAAAUAACGUUAUUUUGGUUUAUAAAAUCAUUUAAUGUAACAUAAACAUAUACAACUGGAUGGCUAACUAGAAUCCAUAAACAAUCAGUUAUUCCGUGUGAUAAAGUCUUUAUCAUAUAAGUAAUCUUGCGCCUUAUUUAGUCACAGCUCGGAAACCUAAUACCACAACGACAUGACUAUUUGUAUAAUUUCUAUACUCAUUAUUUAACUAUGCUGUAAGAACAUUUAUAAGAUUUGGUUUUUUUUUUUUUUACUUUAAGGGUGGAUUGCCUCCUCUUGGCCUAUAUUUAUAUGUAUAUGUACUAUGCAGUCACUUUAAUAAGUGAAUAGUGUACUACUUCUGGGUUAUUCGACCCAUUGUAGAUACCUACCAGAAUAUAAAUAUUUUCGGGAUGCUUUAUCAUGAUGGUUCCGUCAAAAUACUUGAUAUGCGGAAUACUGUUACGGCUUUAGGAUAGCCCUAUUUUUCGUGGAAUACACUCACUUUUCCGUGGUCGAUAAGAAAAAAAAACGGGAGCUAGAUAGAUGAGCGCGGGCGCAUCACAGUAGAUGGAAAUUAAUUCUCGUGUCUCUAAAAAUUACGGAAGGGAGAGGGGGGGAGAAAGUGAGAUGUGAGUAUGUUUAAUAUGUAAAAUAUUUAACUUCCCCCCACCCCUUAGGGCUCGUUAAGAACCACUACUGUUUGUAUAAACGGGGUGAUCAAUUUAUCAAAAGACACUCAUUAUCUCGGAAAGUAUUAACUUUUUCCGGAAUUUAUUUUCUUGAACAUUUAAGAAACAAGCUGCUACAAUCUUAUUUUCAUGUUAUUUUUUAUUACCCUUAUUUUUUAGGGGUAAAACCAUUACAUACUUUUGAUUUUCAAAUGGCAAUCUAUAUUAAAAAUUCCAUAAAUAGACGGAGUAUUAUUUAAAAUAAAUGUAAGUGUUGAAAUUUUUGAUUUCCGUCAAUCCAUUGACGAGAUAUUCCACUUUUAAGUGUGGGUUGGAGGAGAGUAACGGAGUAUCAUUUGUGUGGAGGUAUAGCGCGUGGCGUGUUAACAAUGCACCACCACUCUCCUCAACCCAAACUUAAAAGAGGAAUAUCUCGUCAAUGGAUUGGCGCAUAUCAAAAAUGUCAACUCCAACAUGUAUUUUAACUAAUAUUUUGAAUACAGGAAUUUUUAAUAUAGGUUGCCAUUUGAAAAUCAAAAGUAAGUAGUGGUUUUACUCCCAAAACUAAGGGUGACUAAAAAAUAACAUAAAUAUAAAAUUUUAAAGCACCCUGUUUCCUAAAUAUUCUAGAAAAUAAAUUCCAGAAAAAUUAAUACUUUCCGAGAUAACGAGUGUCUUAUCAUAUAUUGAUUAUUAUAGUAUCAAUGACGUGCAUUUGAGGGUCUUAACUUUCAAUCCCCCUCCUUACAAUUUUCACCAUUUUUUAUUUUAUUUUUUGGAAUUAAUAGUAUAUAGUAGUGUUAAUUAUUAUUUUUAUAUUUUGGUCUGGGGAGGAUUUUUCCUGACAUCCCCCAGGCUUUCCCUCAUACACUUCCCCGUACUAUGUACGCCACUGCAGCUCCCAUAAAUACGCCACUGGUAGCGACGAAUACUCGAGCGGACGGACGUAUUGUACGACAUAUAUCCGCGUUUGUAUGCGCAUGCCGUCUUAAACGCAAAUAACCUCCUCCUCCUCAUGUUUCUCCUCUUCUCCCCACCGAUAUAUAAGUGCGCGUUCGCGUGUGUGCGAUCACACAACUUUUACUUCUACUAUUACUACUAUACUAUACUGCUGUGUACGGUUAUACUACUACUACUACUACUACUACUACUACUACUAUUACUACUACUACUACUACUACUACUAUAUAAUAUAAUGUACUUACUAUCGUUGUAAUAUAUAUACAGGGGGGACUGACGGUGUCCGGAAGAGGAGAGCUUUCGGACGGUUUUCGGGCGAUUUGAGAAUUUGGUCGCACGCAGUGUAUUUAGCGCGCCGGUUACAGCCGCUACUGUACACUACGCACUGAAGCACCGGUGGCGCCACGCGCCAUGCACUCCUUGGUCGUCGUCGUCACUUCUCGCAAACUCGACCGCCAACAGGUAAGACUUAAACAAAAUAAAAUAAAAUAUUAUUACAAUAAUAUAAUAGGAUGUCUUUUUGAAAUUUGUUUGGUUAUUUUUUUUUCGUUUAACGCGUUUUGUUAUCGUUAUUAUUAAUAUUAUCAUAAUUUUUUUUUCGUUCGCUCAUGGCACGCCGGCAUAGGAAUCCUAAUAAUAUUUGGUUUCGAUUAUAUUAUAACAUUAGAAAUAAGAAUUGGGGGGAGGAGACACUGUACAAUUUGUUUACAUUUUUAUCAUUUUUUACCCGCGGACUUUAACAUUUACGAUACACGAAUUUUAAAUUAUUAAGUUUUUUUAUUUUUAGACUAAAUUAAUACAGACGUCGAGUCAGUUUUGUUUUAAAAACAUUUUUUAACUAUGCUUCACGAUAUACAAAUAUUAUUAUGACUUCGUUAAUUGAAACAAUAUUUUUUCAUUUUAUUUAUUAUGUUUAACUAUAAUGGUACUUAUUAUUUUAGAGUUUAAUUCUGAAAUAUUUAUGAUAAUCCGAAUUCACGUUAUAGUUUUAAUUAGGUAUUUUAUUUCUAGUUAUUAGAUAUUAUAGAUUAAUUAAUUCACUAUACAAAUUAUUAUUAUUAUUUAAAACAGUUAUAGUUUUAAAUAUUUGAGAAAAAAAUGUCCUUUUUGUUUUCAUAUAACAUAUUAUAUGCGUAAGUACUCGUAUAUUAUAAUUUAUCCAUUUUAUAAUUUUAAUGUAAAAGACGAAUAUUAAAUACUAUUUUUCAGAAAAAAAAAUUGCUAUGUAAUAAUAUGUUUCGUUUUUGUUUUUUAAGUAAAAUAUGAGAGUAUUGUCUACAAAUAAUACUAUUAUUUAAUUAGACGAUAUUCGGGUAAAAAGGAAUAAGUUCAUUGUGUUCAUUAUUCAAUCCACUGUCUAAUUUUACUUAGGUUAUUUAUAUACUAUAAGGUGUAAAGUUGAGGAAAAAAUACUUGAAAACAAAUGCAAGAGAUUUUCAAAUAAUUUGACAGUUUGACAGUUGGUUUAAUUUCAUUAAAUUUAGUGUUAUAUAUUAUGAAUUAUUAGUUCAAAUGAUUUUUUAUUUUUAGCGACUCGUUAUAUUAUUAGUUUAAAAAUUUUAACAUUUAAAGAAUAUACUAAUACAAACAUUAUUUGUAUUAUUAUUUUAUGUAUACAAAAUAUGAAUUAAUGUUACGCAUGUACCGAACAAAUAUUCUUGUAAAUCGUCGGAUUAGGAAUUUUAAAACAAUAAUAUUACAAUUUUAUUGGAAAUUGUUGGAUACGGUCAUAUGCGUAUAGGUAGGUAAUAAUUAAAUUAUAUAAAAAGUAAGUCGGUAUUUUAAAUAUUAUGUGUGGUCCGGUUAUACAUUAUAGAUGACCUACGAAUUAUGACGUUUUAGAUUUGCGAUAAUUUCAGUUAUUCUUAAAAAUUGUUAUAAUAAUAAGUUUGUUGUUUCUAUAUCAGUUCCCAAAUUAUUGUAUAGAUGUGAUAUUUCGAACGGUUUUUAUUAUUGUCACUAUAUUAUUAUUGUUUGAAAGUAUCUAAUCUGCAGCGGCGUUCACGUAAAUAAUGAAAGGAAGAGUCAUUCAAGUCCACAUAUAAAUUUGUGUACUUUAUAUAAAAUUAAAAAGGCAAUGGGUAAAAGGAUCGGACCCCCAAUUUCUCCCGGGAAUGGUCAACUCCUACAAAAUUAGGUAAUCUCCUAAAUUGACAUAGUGAUAACUCCUACACGAAAUAGCGUAAUUUUCUACACUAGAUAGGUAGCAUUAUAAUAAAAAGUUUAAAAAAAAAAUUUUAACUUUUUUUUUUUUUUAAUAAUUUCAAUCUUUUAAGUUGAGAUCAUUAACAUAUGAUAUCCAAUAAUUAAUUCAAAAUAAUACUCAUAAUAAUUAUUAAGAUGAGAAAAGAUAAUACAUAACUAAAUACAUUUUUAUCAUAAAAAUUACCAAUUACCCAUACAAUCAGUCAUAUUAUUAAUUUUAAUUUUUUAUCAUAUUACAUUUUAUUAUAAAAUCAGUCGUAUUUUAAAUUAACAAAAUCAAUCAAUCCUCCUCCUCAAUUAUACAACCUUGUACUUAACAUGUUUUUAGUUUACGAUUUGAAAAAAAAAACACAUUGAAUAGUACAUGUAUAAAACAGGGACUCAAGUGACUUUAAAUUUUUUCAACUAUACUGGAAAUUUAUUAUUAUAAUAGAUACAAUACCUAUCUAUAUUCUUAUGAAAAAGUAAUAUACUGUUACCGGCCUUGGCGACAACGGUAACGGGCUUAGGUUAACAAGGGGACAAACUUAUAUAGAAUUGAAUUAGAAAAUAUCGAUUAGCGUAAUAAUACGUACGCAUUUUUAUUUUGUUCACUUAUCCUCUUUCUCUGUACAAUAUUAUUGUCACUAUUUUUCUGUAUUGCCUUAACACGUCCAAUAAUAAUCGGAGUUGGAAUGAUCAAUCGCUGCAUACUACAAAAUAGCUUUGGUCUCAACAUUACAGGGAAGAAUUGUUUAAGUCAAUUUAAUUUAAAAAAAAGUCGGAAAAAAAUCGGAAAUUACGGAAACAUUACUGAAAAAAAAUUACAUAAACUGCAUUUUUUAAAAAAAAUGCCGAAAAAUGUUUUCGAUUGCAAUACGAGAAGAAUACUAUUUUAAAUUUGAAUCAUUAUGUAUCUUAUAGUUAUCGGGCUACAUUAAUAUAUAUUAUUAGUAUAUAUGUAUGGAAAACGCGUAUAAACGCAUCACGCGCAAAGGAAACAUCACAUUUCGGUUGAUGGAUUGGAUAAAUCUUUUUGUUACGAUUCUUCAGGAUAUUUUCCCUAAAUGAGCGCGUUUUGGAAUUUUCAUCCGAACGAUAUAUAUUUUUAAAGGUUAAGUUUAAAAUGUUCAGCGUUUAAGGAAUAUCCGAGCAUCCAUCGUUCGGCAGAUACCUAUUAUACACGAACGUAUAGAUUGCAUUACUAUUUAUAAGUACACGUUCGAAGUAUAUACAUAAUAAUUGUUUAGAAUUCAGUAUUGUUUGUGUUAAAUACAUAAUAAUAAUAAGUGUUUAAAUACUUUCGGUUCAGAAAUGGAAACAUAUAAUAUUAUGUAUUCCAUAGUUAUUAAAUUUUAAUGUUCAGUUUAAAAAAGUAAUAAUAUCGUCCGUCCGACCGAUUCACAAUUGUACGGAUCUACGAGUGAAAUAUUAAUACAUUUACUCUGUAAUUGGACAAAUUGAUAUUCAUUUGAAAAUCAUUGGAAAUAAUAUUAUAUCUACAUAACGUAUCUAUAUUGAUAUUUAUCAUCACGUUGGGGAUUUAGUUAAACGUUUAAAAAGUUUCACGGAAAACCCAUCAACGUCUUUGUAUAACAUUACAAUAUUUGUAUAUGUACGAGUUACCAGCCAUUCUGUACGGCCGACAUCUAAUUUCUAGGUCGUUAGACGAUAGUGUGUUAUAAUAUUAUUAUAGUCGUCCAAAGUAUAUAGCGUAGGAAGUUUCCUAUUUGUUUAAAUACCCUUGAAAUAAGGACUCGGUUUAUAUUCGGCAAAGUAACUAUCAAUAGACUGUAGCCUUUAUGCAUAUUGUAAUAAUAUACACUGUAAAUUAUUUGGACACUAACGACAGUAUAAAGUUUGCGCGUCGAAGUUGUUGUGAGAAAAACGACACAUUAUAGAUUAGAUUAUUGUUAUACAAUAAUAUACGAGUGUAAAUCCGUUUUGAGCUUAGGUACCUACCCCAUCGAUAAAUACGCGAAAUUGAAAGACGUCGCCACGUUGGGAAUUUUGUAUAUUAUGAUAGUUGAUUCAAACAUUCUGAAGUGAAGAAUGUUACAUAACAUAUUUCGUCCUUUUUUGGGGGUUUUUAACGUAUAACGGCUAAUGCGAUUAUACUAUUUAGGUGCAUAGUAUAGAACAAGUGUAGUAAAACUAUGUGUGCUUUAUACAAAUACUUUACGUGUAUGCGCUCUUAUAUAUAAUAAGUUCAAAGGAAUCAUUGGAAAACUUUUAACUUUGUCUAUUUUGUCAAACGGAUUAGUUUUAUUAUAGACGAACAAAACUACAUAAUUAUUCUUUAACGUACCUAUAUUUUAUCGUUUAAAUCAAUUAUUAAUAAAAUUACAUUUAAAUUUAAUUUUCUUAUAAAUAUUAUAUCGGACCAAAAAAAAAAAAAAAGAAAAAACCUUAAUACAUUUUGUAUUUAACUGAUUUUUUUUUUUUAUUUUUAUCAUGAAUAAUAUGAAUAUAAUGUAUUGUUAUUGUGUAUAAAAUAAUAAUUAUAUUAUAAUAUAUAUUUAAUUUAAAAAAAAAUUAGGAAUAACGAGCGUACAAAAAGAAAACAUUAAGCUAUAUAUACAGGUAUAAAAAUAAUACAUCUGAAGAAUUUAAAUUAGCUGACUGAUGAAGUUCUCGAGACACCCUCAACGGCACUUCAAUUAUACUAAGCAUUAGUUAUAAACGGUACUGUAAUUUAACUUGUUGAAUUUUUUUCUUUAGAUUUUUUGAUGAUAUCUUAGCUUUAUGAUUAAUUAUAGCAUCUACUUAAUUGGUUUGUUACCUAUUUUAUUUUCUCAUUUAUUCUCUAAAAUAAUCUCUUGGGUAGGUCAUUGUCUAUAUACGAUUUCGGAUUAGAGAAAGCGAUUCAAAGUUUUAAAACCUAUUGAUGUUAUUAUUUCAAAUUUUUAUCACAAUAUUAUUCAAUAAUUUAUAAAAGUGUUCACGUAAAUAUUAUCAAAAUGGGAGGAGAGGAGGGUACCAAUAAGGUUAACGGAUUAUCACUUCAAAGGAUCUUCAGUAUAUUUACCUAUCUUCAGUAAAUAACUUUAUUAAAUUUGUUGUUUUACCUAAAUGAGUUUCUACAGUUCUCACCAGUGCUGAUAUAUAUACCUCUAUAGCUCCGAUACAUAAUUACUAAUGAGAAAUAUGAUUACUUAAACCAAUAUACCGGUACGUUAAUUUACAGUAAUACUAUUAUAUAUCACAUAUUCGUAUUAAAUAUUAGUACAUAAGUUUUGUAUCGGAUUAAAAUUGUACAAAAAGGUCACGUACCUAGACGCUUUUUUUUAUAACUAAAUAAAUCCAUUAAAUAAUAUAGUAUUUCGUAAAAAACGUGUAUUUUUUUUUUUUUUACGCUAAUUCGUCAAAUAUUCUUAUGCGAACCGCGUUUAUAUAAUACAAUUGUUUCAACAUUUUAUAAGUACAAACAAAUCUAGAUUCGCAAUUAGUUGUAUGUUUUAUUAUAAUAUAAAUUAUAUUAUUUUAGUGAACAUUUUUUGCAAAGGUGCGUUAAAAAUUUCCUUUUUAUUAUAUUAUAUAGAUAUUGAGGGCAUCAGUAUUCGCGAAUAUAUAAAAUAUGACAAUCAUUGAUGAAUAUUUUUUUUUCUUAUACGAAGUUUGAACCUUACGUAUAGUCGUAUAUAGAUAUAUAUUAAAAAAAAAAUGGUUUACAAAAGAAAAUAAAUCAUGUAGUGACACGAAGAAAAUGUCUUGAAAUUGUAGUAGUACAAUAGGUAAAUAUAUAACGUUUUAGAUUUAGAAAAUAUUAAUAUUACAUUUUUAUAAAACCAAUAUUAAAUUAUUAAUGAAAUUGGAUUUUAACCGUUUUUAUAUUUUUUUCGGUGUUUUAACGUUGAGCUAAUUCCAUACCUUGUUUUAGUCAUACAAUUAUUUUUUUCUUCUACUAUAUAAUAAUAGUAAUACAAUACUAUAAUAUUAUACUUCCAAUAAAAUGACAAAAAUGUCUAGAGAAGUGUUAAAAGCUAGAAAUUCACCCUCCUCUCAUAUCAAUACACGGUGAAAUUCAUAUUGAAAUUCAAACCAAUUUUGAUCACUUUAAUUCACCCGUAAAACAUAUUAAAUUCACGAGUUCGAAGUUAUUUCGUCCAGAGAAAGUCGAUAGAAUAUAGUAUAUAAAAGUAACGAGAAAAAGAUAUAGGUAUAAUGAAUAAAUUGAUGCAAUAGUAGACUGCAAUAUCGUCUCUAUUUUCGGGAAAAAAUUGAUCAAAAACGUACUUUUAACGGCAUCACGUAAAAUGUUUCGGAUCUAGUUAUGUAUCUCCAAAUACAUUCGAAAACUUUGUACAUUCAUUUCGAACAUGUUGUCGUUUUCAAUACGAUGAUUAUGUGAGUAUUGUCCACCUCCGAUAAAACACCGAUCGUGACACUAAAACCUGUCGAAAUUACUGAAUCGGACUCUCCUGAGUGCUGGGCACGAUGACAGCCACAGAAAAAUAGUUGGAAAACCGUAUGUGCAGAUAGAUCAAUCAUUACGAAAUUGUUUAAGGUUUACUCUAUCAUUGUUUUAAAAUUAUUACUCUUACUCCAUUAUACGACGUUAAAUUAAUGUUUUUUUUUAAAUUUUUAAAUGGCUACCCUUCGAUAUUUUCUUCUCACCCCCAAUAGUUCGAAAAACAAUUUUUUUUAAACAUUUUGAUAUGCACAUAAAAAUUUGUGUUGGAUUUACCAAUAAUGAGUCAUAACAGCUUAAUAGAUUUAAAUCUUAGGCGUAGGGUAGAGUAAUGGAUUUCAUAUUAAUUUUUUGAUAACGACCCUUCCCUACCCCUUCUUCUAAACUGUUAUGACAUAUAAAUAUUAAAUCCAAUAUUAGCGUUUUACUUUUGGAUAGCAACAUUUUUAGAAAAAUAGUCUUUUUAAAAAGGAGGGAUGGGGACUUUGAUAUUUGAAAAUAAAAAGUUGCUAAGAAGUGUUUAUGUUAUUUAUGGUAUACAGAAUAAGGGUAUAAUUUUAAAAAAAAAUCUGUAAUAAUUAAUAAUGUUCAUUGAACAAUUUUAUUUUAUUGAUUGCAAAAAUAAAAACCAAAAUACAUUUCACUUAAAAUUCAAAAUAUUUUUCUAGAUAAUACAUAGAUGUUGGUGGAAUGUAAUAAAACAGUUUUUUUGUAUACACGUAAAUACUAUACGGAUUAUUCCGUUCGUCGUAAAUCGGACGAAAUUUCAGAGGAAAUCUCAUGUCGGAACCGCGUUAUCAUAGCUGUUGUCAAACGCGUACAACCCUUAGAAUAACGAAUUCUUAAUAUUACCUACUGCGUGGUUUAAUCUGACCCGUGAGACCGAUAACGGAUUCCUCGCCGGUCCCGAUUAUAAUAAUAUGUAAGGGACCCACUGUGCGACAUCACGUCAUGCCAGUUAACAGUCGGUAUCAACAGUUUUCAGUAGGUACUUAUUAGUAGUUGUUCAUCAGAUGUUGUGCGAGCUUCAUGCGAAUUAUUUUAAUAAAACAAUCAACGUUCUAUACCAUUGUUCCGAUACACAUACCGAUAAUAUUAUUACAUUACUAUGUCACGCGAUCAUCAUACUACUUAAGCCGGGUUCUCCGUGACUCGUGUAUUUGACGAAUAUACCUGAAUAUUAAAUAAUCGCCAACUUAUACACGGGUACAGCCAAGUAGACGAUUCGCGCGGAUUCUCACAAACGAAAUAAUUCUUAUUCUUUUGUAGUUCAUCGCUACUGUUAUAUAUAGACGAAUUUCGGGUAGCCAACCGAAAAAUAAUCGUCACGUCGUGGGAAUAAACUUUACCGACAAUCCGCGCGGGAAGGUGGCGAAGAACAAAUCACGUUGUACUCCCAUCUUCCGAUGGGUACCUAUUCCUCGUACGUGAAUACUUCUAUUCUCGAAUAACAAAUAAUCGGUGAAUAUAUGUGUCGCGGGAACCCACGUGUUUAUAGAACUGUUAAGUCAUUUUCGUACAAUUAGCUAUUUUUUUUAGAUGCCAAUAAAAAUAUAUUAAAUAUAUGUACUAUGCAGAUGUGGAUCAAUAAUACCAAAACUUGCCUUUAAAAUAAGUUUGAGAGAAAAAAAAAAAUUAUCACAUUCAAAUUUAUGAAAUCCUUAAAAUAUGCCAUAAAAAUCCAAACACUUCAAAAUACGCAAGAUACUAUUUUUUGUAUAUAAAAUCGUUAGCCAAUCAUAAAAUGUAUUUCAAUAUAAACUAUCUAUUUUUUUGACUAACUAAUACAAACAUUAAAAAGUAUAUCUGCCCUAAUAAUAAGUAUUUCAAGCAUGAUAAUUUUAAUAAUGACAGUAUUGAUUCUUCGUGUAAAGCGAUAAUUUGGUAUCUCCUAGCACGUAACUCUCGUAUUGCCAAAUAAUAUGUCAAUUUUGGUUUUUCAAGCAGUGCUCUUCUUUACAUCUAUAACUACGUGCAAAUUGCUUUGUAGCCUUUUCAUUGCUUAUUGUUAAUCUCGAAUACCACUAAAGAGAAUCCUUAAUAAAUGAAGAAUUAAGUGGCCCAUUAUCAACUAGGGUGAGGAAAAUUACGUAUCUUAUCGAUCUACAAAUUAUGCCACUAUUGCUAAAUCUACCCAGAUAUUACGUAUGUUAACUGUUAAGGGUACUAUAUUAUUAUGUUCACAUUUUGAUUAAAAUAAUGUCUGCUAAUAUUUCACUAUACAUAUAUAUAUAUAAACUCGAUAGACGAUUGUUGUUCCGAACAUGUCCUGUAUAUAAUUGGAGUUCUCCCUUCCCGAUAUACGGGUCACCAUCACUGGACAUUCGGUAAACGAGCGGCCCGAAAUACGGUACUGACUCAAAAUCAAUCAUUCGUCUUUUGCGCAAACGAUAACUUAUUAUUAUACGGAUAUUUUUCGUUUCCAUAUCAAACCACGCACGUAAACCUUUAUUGGUGUAUAUAAUUCGAAUGAUCGAUGAUCAUUUUUUUUUCUACUUGCAUUAAUAAAUCAGUUUUCAACCAGCGGCAUAAACAAGUUUUUUCAAUAGCCCCCCUCCCCUUUUUAAUAAUAAGUAACUCGGUCUGUAGACUGCUGCAGUUAGAAUAUUAACUUUAUUAUAACAACAGUGCAGAGGGUCACUACCUGUGUUAUAAAAGAAAUGAAUGCAUACCUAUUUGUUUUAUUUUCAAGCUCGUCAUAUGAUUUGUUUUUUUUAUAAUGUAAAUAUUUUCUCAUAUCGUAAAAACAUUAAAAUAAUAAAUUGCUCUAUUUAUUGCAUAGGACAUAUUAUUGUGUAUUAAGGUGCAUCAAAUUACCGGUAUACACAUUAAAGAAAAAAAAAAGUAGAACAUAUGUCUGUAAACUAUUGUUAUUCAUCCUAAAAAAAAUAUGCUACACAAUUUUUCAUAACUGCUGUUAUUGGCUUGAAAAUAACUCAUUAUGCGGAAUAUUAUUUGCACUGUUCAGACUGUGGUGGUUUGGUGUAUUUUUCUAGACAGUCUACAAGUAAUGUAAGAUAGUAGCCAAUCGCAUAAUACAUUCUGAUUGAUUCACCUGUUAUUUAUAUCUAAGGAUCUGUAUUUUGUAUCCUAAUACAAAAUUGUGUCAGUUACAUUUUUCCAAUAAAAUAACACAAUUUUUCAUAAAAAUAAUGCAUUUUGUCUGAUUUUUUAAAUAAUAUACAACUAAGACGAUAAAUUAUAUUGCAUAUUAUGUGGCUUGUAUUAAUAUAUAAGCCAGAGUAUUAUAAUACUCGUAUAAUAAUAUUGUGUUACUGAUUCAAAAGCCUCUAGGCUGCACUGUCCGAGUAUAAAAAAUGGCGGUCCAUUCAAUAGUGAUAAGGAUAACCUAAGUUGGUCGAUUUCUUACUAUAAAGGUUUAUCUCUACCUAUAAUUUAUAUAACUUUUAACGACAACAUAGGUAUAAAUAUAUGUAUAAUAUAAACCUGAUGUUGUUUUUCGAUGUAACGAUACUGACAAGCAUUUAAACGUUGAUUUCAGUGACAUGGUGAUGGGUGAGGGUGAGGGCGACAUGGAAGGCGGGGGUGGUAACGACGAGUGCGUAGACGAUAGGGAUGAAGAGGUCGCAGCCAUGAUGGGUCCGUCGACUACAAUGUGCGGUUCUAGCAAGUGUAAGAAAAUCAGAAGACCUCUGCCGCCCCGAGAAACGUGGAAGAAGAAAAUCGAAUUUUUGUUGGCGGUCGUCGGGUUCGCUGUCGAUUUGGGCAACGUUUGGAGGUUCCCGUACAUCUGUUACCAGAAUGGCGGAGGUAAUUAUUUUCAUAACUUUUACUGUUUGAAAAAUAUUCAUAAAUAUUUAAGGAUGUAGGUAUUAAAACUGUACUUUCCUAUAGGUAUAAAGUAUUAGAUAUUUCCAUCAUCAUAGAAACAAUUAGUCCAUACUUAUUAGGUAUAGGCGGAAAAAUUAUAAUUUACUCGUUUACAUAAUUUCGUGAUAUUUGAUAAGGUGAUCAUCAUAAAGUUAAUCAUCAUUAAUGAUCAUUAAUGAUGUUACGAAUCUUUAUUUUUAAGACCGAACCAAACCCGAACCGAACAUACAAUAUUUUAUUCGAAUUCAAACUGAAUUAAACUAUUCAAAUAUUUUAUCGAACUUGAACCAAACUUUAAAAAAAUUAAACUGUUUUAUGUUUAAAAUUUAAAAUAUUGCAUUCUUUAGAAAGACAGUAAUGUCAUAAACCUAUUUCUGUGAUUUGAUGACGUUGAACUAACAAUACAGCAGUGUACGAUCAAGUCUGGAUUAAAAAGGGCAAAGGGGUUAUGGAUCCCGGACCUACAAAUGUAAGGGGCUAAUUGAAUCAUCACUAAUGUUUGUACCGUUUUCGUAAUGGAUACAACAAUUUACAUAAUAUAAAAAUUCAAAUGUUUUUAAAAAUGGCCUAUAAUAAAGUUUGGUCUUAGGACCAACUAAACCUUUAAACCGACUUUGUGUAAUAUACAUGUUAUGUGCGUCUUGCGGGAAAAAAAUAAUAUUCACUGUAAAAAUAAACCAAAAUAAAUUACAUUUAAUUUUCAUAUCAUUAUUCAUCAAAAUUAAUUUCAUUGGUUCGAAUCUCAAACCGAACUUAUACGUAUUAUUAGUUUGGUUCGGUUAUUAGCAAUUUUCAAUUAGAUUUUUAAAUUGAACCGACCAGUUUAUAACAUCACUAAUAAUAAUUCAUAACAAUUUAUCGGUCCGGUCAAGCGCUGUAAGUAUGAGAAAUAAAAAUUUAGCAUAUCGUGAUGAGAUUCUCAAAAUUUAAACAGAUCCUGUAGUUCAAAUAUUUGUAAACUUAGAUGCGAACGGGGCCCGAUAAGUCGAAGAGCUCGUGUGUAUAGUUUUGCCGGCAAGUCAAUAUAAUCGUUACAGUGCAAACACUUUGAUUUAUACGUUUAUACAUAUAACAGGCGUGUUGAGGGUCCCAAAACGAUAGUAUCUCGGCACGAGAUUCAACAUAAUAUAGACAAGCCGAUAUUGACUUACAGUCUAUAGUUUAUACUUAAAUGAUUAUAAAUAAUAAGGUAUCAUUACUAUUGUAAUAUAGUGAGAUGACAUAUCAUAGCAGCUAAUAGUUAAUAUAAUAUUAUAAUAUCAUAUUAAUUUAUGUUGGAGUAAAAGACGAUUCGAACAAUACGACUGCAAUAUUCCCUGACUGGACUUGCUGCAACGUUGCAUUAAAACCACAUUCAAUAUUAAUUAAUUAAUCUUUAGACCCGACGCGGCGGUGGUAAAAACAAUUGAUUUGGUGUUUAUUCCGAAGUGACAGUAUAAUAUUAUAGUCGCGCUUUAAUUUGUCAAAAGCAACGGCCAUUUAAUUAAAAAGAAACAGCAUUUAAUAAUAAUAAUAGUUUAUAGUACUACUAGACUGCAGAUGCUGUUUUAAUUGCAACGGCAAUAAUAUUAUGCGUAUUAAUAACGAAUUGAUAACGAAUUAUUCAAUAUUUAGAAACAAUUAAAUACGAUUUACGUAUACUUCAGGUCUAAUUGAUAAUGACCGAUAUACAUUUAUGUGUUUAGCAGAGAAAGAAUCAAUCCCCUAAAAAAAAAUUUUAAUAUUUUUCAACUCGACAAAAAUUUUAAAUUAAAUAAAUAUUAAUUUUUAAAGUUUUAUUUUAAAUAUUCACGUAUAAAUACACUUUGUAUUUUUAAUGCUGAAGCUCUGCGAGUGAUAUCUUUUUGAAAAUAAUCACAUACAAAUAAUAUCUAUUGUAAAAAUUUGUAUUUGUUUAAUUUUAUAAUAAUAAUAAUAAUGACUUUAGUUGGUUAAUUAACAUAAUUAAAAAUAUUGUUUUUAUUAUUUUUUUUAGGUGCGUUUCUUAUACCGUAUGUGGUGAUGUUGGUAUUCGGCGGUUUGCCUUUGUUCUACAUGGAACUGGCACUGGGUCAGUUUCACCGAUGCGGUUGUCUAACAGUAUGGAAGAAGAUUUGCCCGGCUCUUAAAGGUAGGGUGUUUAUAUUUUCACAUCCCAACUACUCGUGGAAUGCUUUGUGAGCGAAAACAAUAUACCUAAAGGAAUGUUCUAUAGUAAAACAAUUUGCCAGGGAAUUAUCAUUUUUGAACCAAGGGUGUAUAGGUACGCGUUUAGAUUUAAGAAGGAGAAAUAAAAAGGUUUCAUGAAUCGAAAAUACUUUGGAUGAAUAUCCGGUAUUUUAUGACAAUACGGCAGAGGAUCUGUCUGCUAUAUAUUACUUGAAAUCAAGUUUUUUUUUUUGUUGUAUUUAUUCUCUUGUUUUAUGCUGCAGUAUAACUGUACAAAAGAAUGACUAAGAAAUUGAAAAAAAAAAAAAAUGAAAGACAUAAAAUAAGUACAAAUAGUAGGCCAGGAAUGAAUAUAAAAACCAUCGAUUUUAUAAAGGUACUUUCAAGUCUACGACAAACAUUGAGCCUUUGAAUUAUACAUUAAAUGCAAAAACGGGGGAAAAAAUAAACAAAUAAAACGAUAGAGCUUAUUUAAAACGGUGUGGCGGCUAGCAAUAAAUCAUCAGCCAACAGGGAAAUAUUAUAUGGUUGCUUCAAAUAUUUGGUUACUUACUUUACAAUUGUUUGUAUUUCUCUCGUCGUCGUCCCCGCAUUAUCCCUAUAGUAAAUUUUUAACAAUUGUUCAAAAUUGAAAUAAUUGAAAAAUAAGAAAUAUCUCUUCUUCGGACUUUUUAAUAAUAGACUUGAACAUUAUCUUAUAACUCUUGCGGGAUAUAAUUUGUAAUAUUUAAAUUUUAAACCUUAAUUUGUUAUUUAGUUUGAGAUAUUCAAUAGAUAAUAGUUUAUAAUAGAUGACCAAUUUUCUAAAAAGUUAAGAAAUUCCGAGGUAAUGAGUGAUAUGGUUCAUAAAUAAACCAUAUCAGUAAGUACAAUCAUGGGUCGGAAAUUAACUAUUGAACAAAUCUAUUAUAAUUUUAUUGUUCAAAAUCUUGUCAAAUAUAAGUAUGUUUGGCCUAUGUUAAUACCUAUACAAUUUUGUUCAAAGUCUCACCGCUAGAUAAACUUUUCUAGAAUCAAAAAAUAUUCUUAUUCUAUUAUUACAUUACGGAAACAUUAAAAUAAUUUAUAUAUUAUUGUAGGUAUUUGUAUUAUAUCAAGGGUAUGAAAAAAAAGAAGAUAUUAUCCACUUGUGAUUCAAUAUCAUUAUAAUAUAUGAAUUACAAAUAUUUUGAAUUAAUUUUCAAAAAAAAAAAAAAAAAAAGAGAUAAAAGAUUUUGAAUAAAUAACAAAGUAUUUCUUUCAGAUGAUUUUAUAAUAUCUACUUAAAUGUUUAAUUUAUGAGUUCUAAAAGUAAACGUUUUUAUAUUAUAAUUGGUCAAUUUAACUAUUUAAACAAAAUACAAGAUAUAGGGUACAUAAUAUUAUAAUGAAAUGCAAAUUAUAAUUUUUAAAGUGUUUAUUGAAUAUUUCCGAUGUGUAUAUUUUAUUUAUUUAAUUGUUAAACAUAUUAUUUGAGUAGAUAUUAUGCUAUGAUAUUAAAUAUUAAUAUGAUGUAAACUACAGUGUAGGUACAUCGGAUAUGUAUUGUUUGUUUGUAUGGUGAUUUUCCGAUCGAUUAUUUUUAUAUUUCACAUAAAACAUAAUAUAUUUUUUAUACAAACAGUCUUCUUGGAUUCUGAAUGUAGCGAAGUAUAACUAUACAUUUUACUAAGAAAUAUUAUUUUUUUCUUAGAAACACUUUUUUUGGUUAUUAAAAAUGCUGCGAUUCUUUCACGCGGUAUCUUAUAAACAUGAGUAAUUUACACGUGAGAAAGGGAGCGAACAACUUCGAUCCCGGGGACAGUCAAUCACACUCGUGUUUUUCUCAUUUAGUCCACGUGAAGAGUUCCAUCCAUUUUCCCGCGGUAUUAUACUAAAUGCUCCGUCUAGAUGUAUAAGUCUGCGUAGCGUAUAAUAUAAUAUGAUGUACCAAAGUUUAUCACUUAUAGCUGCGGAUAGGUACUAAUACGUACUCGUAUAUAAUGAAAAGUAUUCGACCAUCAAAUCGACAAGUCGGCCUGUAACUCGUACGAACGAAAAAGUGGUGAGAACGUAGUUAUUUUGUAUCACGCGGGGAUGGAAAAAAAAAACUCGAACCCUGAUUUAGAAACGCGGUCUGACCUUAAGCAAUUUACCAUUGUCAAUAUUGACGUUCGAUGUAACAGUUUUCGGAGUAUUCGUUGCGCCGCCGUUUUGUUCGCGAUCGGGACCCCAAAACGACUGUAAAUAUUUAAACACCGCCGAGGCGGACGUGGAUAUUCAAAUUGAUAGGGUAUAUAGAUUUUUAUUUGUGUGUGCAUGGAACGAGAAAUUAACGAGGAUGACGAAAAAAAAAUAUAAUUAAAACGACGACGAAAUAAUUUUCGCAGCGCGACUGUGUAUAUACUCGUAUUAUAAAAUUCGUCGUCGUCGUCAAUUUUGUUUUUUCGAUUUUCGUAAAAAAAAAAAAAAGUAUUAUAAUGUAGUUUGUGUUGUUUAUUUCGAAAUUGUUCCUCCUCAUCGUCACUUAUAUUAUACUAGCCGGCUGCAGUGCUCUUGUCCGCGUCGCCGGACGUCUCAUUAUAUUAUAUUUUUGUAGCUUUCCUUGUCGUUUGUCUGUACGUGAUUUUCGCCAUAUCGUCACCGGAGACGGAAACGCGCGUGGCACGAGACAAAAUAAUGAUUUGGCCAAUAAAUAUGAAACGACGUCGGCAGUGUAGUAUAGUAAAAGAAAAAUUACCGUGCGAGUUUUUUUUCCGCCUCUCCUACAUCCCGUCAAUACCCAAUACCUGCAAUUAUUAUUCGCGGAUCGUCAAUUUCACCUUUUGUUGUUUUUUUUUUUUUUUUUUUCUAUUGCUACAUUAUGUUUCUGCGUCGUGGGAGCCGAUUUGGUCCCCGAAGUUCCGAAUAAAAUAAAAUAUAAUAGACGCUCUACACCAAUCCGCAGCAACGGCCGAUAACGAUACAAUACUAUUAUAACAAACCUACGAAAACUUUUCGGGCGAGCAAAAAGAGUAUUUCUUGCAAUUUCAAUAGGGAACCGCACAUCCCACCUAUACGACUUUUCGCUGUUAAAUAUUUUACUCCAUUCCCGUGCGCAUGGACUAUAAACGAUUUAACAAAAUAUGAAACGUAAGUUUUAUUUAUUUUUUCCACUUUUAAUUUCACAGAGCCGUAAAACACUAAAAAUAAUCCUUAACUUAUGAAAUUCGAAUUGUAUUUGUUUUUUUUUUUUUUUUAACAAGUGUGUAAAUUUGUGUUCGAUUUUUACUUCGUCCGUCCAUAAAACUGAUUGAUUGAUCUAUAUUUUACCGGAUGAUCAAUCCUCGAUAAAAUGCGCGUUAUUUCAGAAAGUAUUAUCUAUUUUCAAAAGCAGGUGGUGAUUUCACUACCAAAAAUAAAAACAACGGAGAAUAAUGAUGAUUUAUCAUUUUAAAAUUUUCCAAAAAGAAUUCCGAAAACUGUCAUUCUGUUAAACACUCAUUAAUAUUUUCGUAAAUUUUAUUGUGACUUUAUCUAUGAACGUUAUAGGUGAUAACGAUAAUAUCGAGGCGAUGUUAACUAGUUGACUACCCACUCGACACUAUCGCAAAUCACCUUUUAUAUAUUGCGUCCUAAAUCAUAUAUUUGACAAAGCUAAUGGUUAUAUUUCCUAAAGGGAUCAUAAGAAUUUAAAUUUGAACACGGUUAAAUUGUUUUCAAAUAUAGUUUCGAAUUUGUUAUUGGAUAAAUUAAAUUAUGAUACUAUUUGAAAAUCAAAAGAUGGUAUAACGGUUCGAUGAUGCAAUUAGGAGGGAGUGAAAUUGGAAGUGAUUUAUUAUUUCAAAAAACUGUCCGGAAAUUUUGUUGAAAAGCAUAACCUACCCCCAGCUGAAAAUGAAUCUUGAUUAUGUCGCUUUAACGAUUCCACCCUCAAACAAGAGGGUGAACAAAAUAAUGGAACUGUAACAUUUUGGAGUAGCUUAACGCUCGUUUCUUAUAUUUUUCAAAAAUAAAAUUCCAAAAAAUGCUUUACUUUCCGAGAUAUUGCGUGUCUGACACUAGUAGAUUGAUGACCCUGUAUACCUAUUAUAUAUAGUAGCGUUUCGGUGCUUUUGACCGCAUUACAAUUUUUAAAUACGAACAAUACUAUUUGUAUAUAUACUUUUUGUUUUGUUCAUAAAAAUCAAAAUGUAAAACAACUUUAAGAAAAACCAAUAUUACACAAUAAAGAAAUACAAUUAUUAUUAUUAUAUAUAUAUAUAUUUUUUUUUUUUACCGUAGCUAAUUGUUACAAAUAACGUCAUUAGCUACGUAAAUAGUUGAAACGAAUAAGAAAACCAUUUCAAAAUCCUUUUUACACUUAGGUAUCAUGUUUUAAUCUUAUCAGCUUUUUGUUUAUGUUCCUACCUAUAUUUUGUGCCAGAGUUGAAGGUACCUUACACAGAAACAGAAAUGCCGUUUUCUACGCGUAUGUUUUUAUUAUAAGUGCUUGGAUAAUAAAUUUACAACGAUUAAAUAUAAAAUCCAAAAAGUAUGCAUAAUUAUUAAUUAAGCUAAUUACGUUUACGUAAAAAAUAAUAAUGAAAAAAAAAAACAAAUUCGUGGAGACUAAUAAUAAUGAAAUUAUUUUAGUACAUUAAUAUAGUAAUAUUUUGAACAACGCUUCGUUAUAUAUAAACACAAAUAUACUAUUAUAGCAUCAGAACGUAUGUCCUGAGUUUUUUAUAAACUUUAUUGGGAAUUUAUAGACAAAUGAUUAAACCGCAGAAUUAUGGUAGAAACUGGAAUGUAUAAUAUUUUCACAACUUUCAAUAAAACGAGUUUAAAAAUCAUUAUACAUAUAUAUCAUCUAAUAAAUUAAGUCGAAAUACUAAAAUUAAUUUCCCAAUACUAUAGUUAAGUGACCAAAUAUAAAGAUAUAGCAUUUUUUUACCAUCAUAUAUAUUUUGCUUAAACUACGGACAUAUUGUAUUUUGUCAUCUUAGUAUAUUAUCAAAGUAAUAAUUUUUCAUCUAUUUGUAACAGGCAUAUUAAAUGUUGCUAUGCUAUUUAUUAACCAAUAGUGUCUUUGUCUGUAUAGUCAUUGCUCAUAUAGACGAUGUAUUAAGCGUGCGAAACAUAUCAUUUUUUGCCAGAAUACAAAAUUUUCCAACUUUAGAUUAUAAAAAGAUCAACAAAAAAUGACAUAAUAUCGCUUCUGUUACAAUUCUAUGACUAGUUGAAUAUAUUGUAAUAUAAUGUUAGUCUUGUUCAAUGUCCAUUUCAAGUUAUUUUAUUAGAGUAGACGUCACAUCUUAUCUAUUGAUUUUAAAAAUAUCUUUUUGACUUUUAUUUUAACCGAUUAUUUUUCUCUCAAAGACCACAUAAAUUAUGUAUGGAAUUAUAUGACUUUUGACCGAUAGAAAAAAUAAUAUUAUAACGGGUCGGCCGAUUUUGUUGGAAAUGUUUUAAUUCAAGACGGGGUCUUAUUUUUCUGGACCGUUUAUUAUAGUCAUGCUGCAUCAGCUGUUGUUUCACGACAUACGUUUCGUAUUAAUAUCCAUUCCGCAGGUGUGGACUUGAUAUUAUUUUAUAAAUCCUUAUCAUAAUUCGGAAUACAUUUCCAAGAAAUUCUAAAACAAUAAUUCUGACUUUCUUGGUUUUCGUAAAAAAAAAUAGAAUUAUAAUGCAGUUAUAUUAUAAUUCUAAUUUAGAAUUUUCGUCUUUAACUGUAAAAUAAUCAUGCAAUUGUAUCCAUAAUCAAAGUAUUGGGAGAGGUAUUUGCUAAUCAUUUGUAUAUUCAGUUCAAAUUAUUAAUAAAAAUAUUCCAUGUUUCUAGAACAUGUUUUAUAUUUCGUCAAUAUGUUUUUUUUUUAAGUAAUUUGAUUUAUUCAUUAUUAGAUUUUUAUUUUGAACCACGAUAAAAAAUUACACAAUAAAAUAUAUAUUUCGUUUAUCAUAUUUACACGUCGUAUAAUAUCAUUCGAGAAAAUAUUAUAUUAAAUUUUGUAAAUUUUUUCCUCCUAUUAGAUAGGUAUUUCGAGUUAGACACUUCAAUACAUAUAUAACGAUUAUACUAAUGAAUUGUUUUACACCGGUAAAGCGUAUUUUCGUGUAUAUAUUUCACAUCGUUAUUUACACCGCAACGACGGUCAACUGUUUAUUAUUUAAACAGAUAUAUUCAUUUGUUUGUCAGGAAAAUUUGUUCGCUUGUAUACUAAAUGAUUUCAAUUAUAAGUGCGUCUAGCGUGUGUCUAGUUAAACGGACGACAAAUUGAAUACAAGUCGAAAGUCUGACGUUAUAAUAUAUAAAUACACAAAUUGUAUUUAAAUUUAUUUAUUAUAUGUUUUGAAAGAUAAAAUAAUAUCAUUAUUUAUUUGACUGUAACCGUGUUAAGGCUAGUUUAUUAUCGAACCAUACAACCAUAUUUGUACGUAAUUGUAUUUAAAGUUUGAUGAUUUAGGUAAAUUAUUUAUUGUAAUAAUCAUAUAAGGUUUUAUAACAGUUUUAUUUGUCAAUUAAAUAUCUCCUGUUAACUCCUCCCGUAAAAAAAAUUCACAAUUUAAUAGUUGUUUAAUAUUAAUUAGGUAUAUUUUAUAGAAUAUUAAUUUUAAAUAUUCACUGCGCCAGGUGUCACUCUUAAAAUGUUUACCAUAAUAACGCUUAUAUAAAAAAAAAAAAUGUAUAAAAUUAAUUUAAUGCAAUUUAUAGUUUCAUAAACACUGAUCAACUCUAAAGCUUACUUUAAAGAAGGAAAGUUUCAAAAAUAUAUUUUUUUGAUUAUUUGCAAUUAAGGCCUUAAAUAUUUAUAAUAAUCAAAGUAUAAAUUAAGUGUUGUAUUAAAUUUCUUAUAAUAAUUAUUAUUUGUAAUUUAUUCAUGAAACGACAGUGUUCACCAACAAAAUAACAAAAUAAGAUUUUAGUUUUUCAGGUAGUUUGUUGGGUAAUGAAAAAGCGUUACUAAAACGAGUUUUUUAUUUAAUAGAUGUAUGAUUUUGUGUAGUGAAAAAACAAAAGAAACAAUUUCAGUAGGAAAUUUAAUUUUAAAAAGAUGGACAUACUUCUCACGAUUGGUGAGCCACUAUUCUAAGUGAGAAGUUAAGAAGGUAGGACCAACGAUAAACCAUUGCGGAGAGAAAUUUCUUUUUUACAUGUACCUACAUUUUGUAGUUUUUCCUACGUUUUUUCUCGGUUUUUCCCAAUUAUUAUGAAAACUGCUUGACAAAUCAAAAAAAUGACUUUUUUAAAAUGGCAACUAAAUAAAAUUUUCUUUCAGAAAAAGUGCUACAUCAAGGUUAUAAAUCAAGGUUAUAUACAAUAAGAUUUCUGGUAGAAAAGUAGUACACAGAAUAAUAAUAAUAAAAAAAUUAAAACUAGAGAUCAUCUUAACAUACAUAUGUACCAUGAUUUUUAGAAUAUAAAAAAAAAAAACAGAACAAUACAUUAUAGCCAACCCAUAUUUAUGAAUAUUCAUUAAACAAAUAAUAAUUAAGAUUAUGAUAUUUAAAAAAUAAUAUAAAAGAUAUUUAAAAAUAGUCCAAGAGAGAUUGACGAUGGGAUUUUUAAUUUUUUUAAAAAAUUAUUUAAUACGUAGAUAUAUCGUGUUUUGUUAAUCUAGACUUCUCGAAUCGGAGUUAGCGUUUCAUUUAAAAUCUCGAAUCAAAUAAGUUUUGCGUAUAAUUAAAUAGACAGUAUUAACAUAAUUUGGAUAUAAUUCAAUCAUAUUAAGUCAUAUUUUCGAAUGCGCGCUGUGUUUUCGCUGUUAAUUUAUAUCUACUGAACUCACGUGACAAUAUUAUUGGUAAUAUGCCCAAUUAAUAUUUGCAAUUAAUGAUUCUAUUCAUAAAACGUGUAUACGAACCCCAUAUUAAAACGAAUAUCCGACGAAACGGCUACAACAGCUGUUCGGGGACGUCAAUUUGGAAUAUUGUUCGAAAAACCGAUCGAAAUUGAAUUAAGUGCCGCUUGAUCUCAUCGUCGUACAUGUUAUACGAAUACAGUUGUCAUAUACUAUUUUAAUGUCGAAUCGUAUAAGAAAACGUUAUUCCCGCAUAUAUACAGUCUCAGUUUAACUUACGUGAAACAUAACAAAAUUAUGUUACUUAGAAUGUAAAUUGUGAUAUUUAUGUUGAAAUUAGAGUUUAAAAAUUACAUAAAUAACAAAAUUUAAAGAGAAAAAUAUUUUUGAGGGUUGUAGAUUUUGUAAGUGAUGACUUUAUGGCCAUAUUAGUUACUGAAAAUUUGCUCCAAUCGAAAAAUGACAAGAGGCUUUUUUUUGUUGUAUCUAUUUGGAGCAUUAGAAGGGAAAUUUUUUUGAUUUUCUAAGGGAUUUUCUAUUGAAAAAACCCAGAAACCAGAUUAUAGGAAAAACAGGAAAUAUAUACGGUGCACCGCGGCAUUAAACAUUUCAUUAUUUCUAAUUUGUAUGCAUAAUGUUUUCUACCAGAAAUAUUGCUUUAAUCAAAAAUACUCAAUGACUUUAUUUAUUUUAUUUUGAAUCAUGUUUCUAAGAAAGUAAGUAGUUUUUGGAUUUUCCUAACAGUUUUCAUAAUAAUUUGAAAAACCAGAAUAACGCAUAAAAUGAACACUGCCAAUUUUACGGUAUUACGAUUUCAUUAUUUAAAAUUUGUAUUCUAUAAUAUGUUUUAUACUAGAAACAUCACGCAUAUUGAAAAACGGCAAGAGAACUUUUGUGCUAAAUUAUAGAUCCAGUUAGUGAGUAAAACAGCAAUUUUUUUGAUUUUCAGUGCAGUUUCCUUAAUAAUUAAGCAAUAAUAAUGGUUUUAUUACUUUCAAUAUAAUUUAUUGUUGUAAUUCAGUUAAAAAUAUUCGUAAAAACUUAGAUUUAUGACAAAAUGAAUAUUCGUCUUUUAUAGAUGUGAUCAAAGUUUCAAAACAUUUUGGCGAAUAGUGGCCUAGUUAUAGGAAUUUUGUUUUCAUUUUUUUACGUAAUUUUUAUUUGGUUGGUACUAUGUGGAUUUAAUUGUUUGACCAAAUCAAAAUGCUUUAAAAUUUAUUAGUAAGUUUAUUAUACGUUGUACUAAUUAGUUAAAAAAAUAAAGGUAGAGUAUAAUGUAGUAUUUUUAUUUUUUUUUGGUUUGAAAUCGUUUUAAGAUCAAAUUUUUAUGAAUAUCGUAAAUAUUACGGCCUUUCAAUUUCAAAUCAUGUAUAAACUGUGCUCUAAAUCGUUUUUCCUUUAAAAUGGCUUAUCGUUGCUUACAAAUAAAAAUUAAGUAACUUUAUGUAUCCUACCUUUCCAACUUUCCAUCUAUAACAGCGGUGGAAACAGUUCUUAUUUUUUCUGUUUCUAGGAAAAAUAUUUUCUUUAAAUUUUGUUAUUUGUGUUUAAACUCUUAUUUCAACCUAAUAGCUACAACUCAAGUUCUAAUACUCGUAAGUUAUGCUAUGUUGUCCGUUAAUUACACUGAGGCAAUUAUUGAUCCAGGUGUGGCUAGUAGCGUGCAAAGGGGGGGACGAUAGAGGUUAAUCCCCCCAAUGCACAUUGACUUGAAAAAUACUAAAAAUAUGAGUAAUCUAAUAUUAAAUCUCAUGUAUUUCAAUCAAGUUACGAGAAAAGUUGAUGUAUUGAUUCAAAAUUAGCUAUUUUUAGGAUCUGGCUUUCAAAUUAACCAAUGCUCAUAGUUAAGAUGGGUAGAGAUCAUGAUUGUACGAUUUAUUCACGAUUCUUAUUUGCCACAUCUUCUCCCAUUGGAAAUUCCUAGACACGCCAAUGGAUAGUGGGUGUCCUCUUAAACGCGAAUUAAAUAUUUAUGUCGAUAAAUUAAUAUUGUAUUACAUUCAUAGCUAUUAUAGACAAUAUGUUUGCCUAUGGUUGUCUUUUUUUUAAACAAAAAAAAAAACACAUAUGUAAAAAAACUAAUAUCCAAGUAUGUGUUUUAACCUUGUGAAAAUUUCUGUUUCCGAUUUGUAUAAAAAAAACCAGACAUAUUUCGCACGACGAGUGGGCUACUAUUUUAAGUGAGAAGUCGGGAAGGUAGGAUAUGGAGGAGAAUUUUAUUUAUAUCUGCACGCAAUGAUAAACCAUUAAUAAUAAAAAUUGACUCGGAACGAAGUUCGGUUUUUUGAAAGGCUGUAAUAUUUACGAUUUUCGUCAAAGUUUGCUAUUAAAAUUCUUAUAAAAAAAAUUAAUACUACAUUAAACUAAUUUUUUUGACCAUAAAGUACGACUUAGAAUGAAAAUAUUGUUAAAUUUUCAAGCAUUACUGUUUAGUUUAACAAUUGUAUUUACAGAGUACCUAGCGCAUAAAAAUUAACAUAAAAAACUCGCAAAAUUAAAAUGUCUACAAAUAGUUCAAAAAUGGCUAUGCAAAUUGUAUCACGCUUAAAGAAAUAUAAUCGUUUUAUCCAAAUUUCAAGUUUCUACGAAUAUUUUUAACUGAAUUACAACAAGAGAACAAAAUUGAAAAUAAUAAAAGCCUUUUUCUACGUUAUUUUCCAGUUUUUCCUAAUUAUUAUGAAAACCGUUCGGAAAAUGAAAACAUUACCUUCCUUCAGUACUAACUAGACAAAAUUUCUGGUAUAAAAGUUGUUUACUGUAAAAAAAAAAAAAAAAAAAUAAUAAUAAUGAUAAACUCAUUUUAAAACCAAUACAUUCCUUGCUACGUUCCAGAUUUGAAAAAAUUCUUUACAUUUCUAACAUAAAUAUAAUGAUACAGGUUUUUAUAUUUUAACAAGUAUUAUGGGUAAAAGGUAUAGCACCUAAUGCAAAUCAGGAAUAUUGUGUGAAAACUGACCGCUGAAGCGUGUCGAGAAACACCUGGUUGGUGCGAUUUCAUAUUUUGAUAACCACCCAUUUCACCUACGGCUACCCGCCCAUUUAUUAACAACACCUCCCUACUUUAAAAUUAUACAAAAUUAUAUUUUUUUUGAUAUUGAUGAAUAUUAAUGAUGUUAUAAAAGCCCCCGUUCAACAGAAAAAUUAGAGAUUAAAUAUACUCAUAUAUGAAGUUUAUUGACUUUCUUUAUUCUUAUAGUAUAAAACUUAAACUGUUAUAAAUAGUGAUAGGCAUAACCGACUAGUUUCUUCUUACUAUCGAACUAUACGAUAAGUUAAAAACCAUUCGAAUAGAUUUUCGAUAUAUUCGAUAGUUUUCCCGAAGAAAAUUAUUCGGUUUAGAUAACAAAUAUUCAAAUACAUUCAAUAAUAUUCAAUAGUUUAUCCAAACAGUCAAAAACUACCAAUAAGUACUCAAGAUAAAUCCGGUAUCAAAUUUAUGGGUACAAAAAAAAUUUAGAAAAAUAUUCUUUAUUCGAAUUUAACUGUGUUUAAAAAAGGGAUUUCUUCUUGAAAAUCAAAUGUAUACUUUUUUAUGGUAUAAAUUAUAAUUUGUUUAUAUUCUUCCAGACUAAACUUUAAACUGUAUAAACGGUAAAUGGUAAAUUAGUCCAAUCCAUAUAGAAAAAUAUCUUCUAUUCAAAUCAAUGUUAAAAGGGGUAAGGGGUUCCUAUUUGAAAAUUUAAAAUGUUAACUUAUUUCAACUAUGGAUAGUGUUCAAUAGUAUUUUAGAUUUGGAGCGUAGUGAAGAAUAUAUUUGUUUUACAAUGAUGUUCAUUUUUAUUUGAUUUUUUUUUAUCUGUGAACAACUUUUCUACUAGAAUUCUUGCUCCGAUUUUCAAGUGCAUGAUCUUUCUAAAAGAUAUUUUAUCUGGGUGAUACUAUAAGGAGGUUGUGUUUUGAUUUCCUAAACGGUUUUUAUAAUAAUUGAGAAAAACCGAAAAAAAACAAGAAAAUGUACGUACAUGCAAAAAAAAAAAACAUCGCUCAGAAUCGUUUUAUAUUAGCAAUGGUUAAUCGUUAUAAAUCGUUAUAGAUUUACAUUAAAUUUUCCCUCUUCAUUCCCAACUUUUUCACCUUCAACUGUGGCCUACCCACGUGCGAAGUAUGCCCGUCUUUUUUAUCCAUGAUUUGUGGUCAUAACAUUAUUUUGGGCAAUAAACGACUUGAAAAUAUAUACUUUAGAAUUAAGUUAUAUCUAUACUAUUUUUUUAUUAAGUUGUAGAAAAAUAUAUUUAUAUAUUGGGCCCCUUUGGGCUGUGGCUGUUUACCUACAAGUAUAAGUAUAAAUAUAUGAUUAUAUUACCUAUUAUACAGAGUGAUUCAAAAUGUAUGUUACAGUCAUUUUAUCAUUUAAAUAUUCAAAAUAGGGAAAUAUGUAUAAUAUUAAAGUUUUUGAUUAUUAAAUAUCUAAAUAAUUUUGUUAUUUAAUAAACUAAUUGGUACACUAGGCACUUGUGUGGUGGCACAACGCGACGUGUGGCGUUUCCAUAUUGUUCAACUACUUUCCCUCUACCGGCCCUACCUAAACUAUAAAAUCAAAUAUCUGGUUAACGGGUUGACGGAAAUCAAAAAUUUCUACACCAAAAUGUAUAUUUUAAACUAUCACUCCAUCUUUUUAUGGAAUUUAGAAUAUAGAUUCUCUUUUGAAUUUCAAAAGUUGACUCCCAACCUAUAUCUCUCCCACCUCCAAAAAAAAAAACAGUAAUAAAAAAUAACAAACUAUCAAAUUUAUGUGUUCAUAAAUCGGAAAACUUAUGCAUUACACAUUUUUUUCAAUUAUAAAUAUUUACAUGGUAAAAUAAAUUGUUUAACAUAAAUAUUGGGUUAAUCUGUUUAAUAUAUGUGUAAAUAAAAAAAGCUGUCCAAGGAUAAUUGGGAAGGACCUAGCCAUUUUUAUAGGCGAGAAGUUGAGAAGGUAGUAGAGGGGAAUGUAUAUUGAAUGUAUAUCUGUACGUAACGAUUAACCACUGUUAACGGGAAAACGGUUCUGAGCGGAAUUCAGUUAAGUGUUGGUUUCAGAAAAAGUGCAAAGUUUCAGCUAGAAAAGUUAUUAAUACAUAGAUAAACAAAAAAACAAAUCUAAAAAAAUAAACAUUAUAAUAAAACCAAAACAUUCCUCGCUCCGCUCAGAAUCUAAAAUAAAGAUUAUUACGUAUUAAGUAUUAAACAACUUAUUGUUGUAUAUAAUACAAAAUAUUUGAAUUUUGUAUUCUCUUUUAAGUAGUAGGUAUGUGAUUUUGUUGAUAAAAAGUAGAGAUUAUUGAAAGUGAACUAUUUUCUCUUUUUCCCUGCAAUAGCAUAACCAUCAUCACUGUCUUGCUUCGGAGUUUUAUUUUUAAAUUUAUUAACUUUCAGGUGUUGGAUACGCAAUAUGUUUGAUCGAUAUGUAUAUGGGUAUGUAUUACAACACUAUAAUCAGUUGGGCAGUAUACUAUCUAUUUUCGUCGAUGAGAUCCGAAUUACCCUGGACCAGUUGUGACAAUCCAUGGAAUACGUUGAACUGUGUUCCGGUGACAAAUUUGACGAAAUUCAUUAACAUGACGAGCCCGGCCAAAGAAUUUUUCGAGUAACAGAAUUUUAUCAAAAAAAAAUUAAAAAUUGUAUAUAUUUGCACAUAGUAUACUUGAAUAUUUAAAUUGUAAUAAUAAUUAUGUUAUUUGAAACGUAAUCGUUUCACAUAAUAUGUUAUAUACUCUACCCUAGUGGCGCAUAUGUGAUUUACCAAGUAAUGUCAGUUGCGUGUGCUCUCUGCUCUCGAGAAGUGUGAGUACAAAUAACUGGUGUAUUGGUGUCACUAGUAAAAAAACCUUUGAAAAAACGAUGAUGCGACACUUUGGUUAACUGCAUGACGUGCUCUCAAAAUUUCUCUGUGCACCACAGCAAUUUAUCUAUUUUCGUGUAUUAUUUUCCUUAUUAUUUAUUAUUGUUAUGUUAUGUUAUUUUUUUUUUUUUAAAUCGAGAUCGUUAAUAUUGUUGUUUUUGCAGGAGGAGUGUUCUAGAACAACACAGGGCCGACGGAUUGGAGAGUAUUGGAGGAAUAAAAUGGUCGUUGGCUUUAUGCCUAUUAGCCGUGUUCUUGUUGGUGUAUUUCUCACUGUGGAAGGGAGUGAGAAGCACGGGCAUUGUGAGUUUUCCGUUUAAAAUUUUGAAGAAAUUUAUUGGUUUCCCUAGUAUUUUUUUAGUUUUUCACACCCUUCCGGAUCCCCCAAAAUGAAGCCAGAGGGGUGUAAUUUUGUGCAUUCAUGGUGUAAAUAUCAAGGUAGUAUGUUUGGGGUUUUUCAUUUUCAACUCCCCUUCACAAUCACAAAACAUUUUCACAGCAAUUAACUGGUUUUUAAUAAAUUAUAUGAAAACAAAAAUUAAGUAUUAUAACGCAGUGAAAAGUCAGAUGAGAGAAAAUACAACUCUAGUGACGAAGCUCUGCUGCUCACGGGUGAUUUCUUUUUUUGGAACUCGGUAAAAAAUAAUUUUAGAAACCUGAAUUUUCACAGACUACUUAUAUUAGACUUUUUUAGAGUUUUUUUUUUAUUUUCGGCAAUACGUAAUGUAACUAGAUAUUUUGUACAAAUCUCGUAUCCUUUAUAUUCCCGGCACGAUUUUCGAAGUCCUUGUACAUAAUAUUACACUCCUUAUAGAGUGUAAUAUAAUAAUAUGUGCGUAUAGUGGUGCGGUUUAUUCGCCGGGCGAAAGGAAAAAAAAAAAAAUACCGACUAUAAAUAUAAUAUGUUCGGCCACGAGUUCGGGGUGUCUGUGUAUACUGCCAAUCAGUCUAAGUAGCAGACCGUCUUGUUAUUAUGCAGCGAGCUUGGCUCAUUACCCGAUAAGUGUAUAAGUUAUCGUACACUCAUGUUUUUGAAAUCAACCACUCGCUGACCCAGUAUACCUAUACGUGUGUGUGUGUGAUUGAACAUUGCUAUUCCCUACCCCGUGUAAUCCAUAUAUUACUCGUGUUUUUAUCUCUCCGACGUCUAAUGAAUUAUAGAUUGAACCGUCGUCGUCGUCGCACCGUGUGCGAUUUUUUUCUUUCCUCCACCCCGAUCAUCUCCGAGAUUCUCGAUUAAACGUUAUACACAACCACCGCUACCACCAACUCCCAACCCCUGAUACACUCUCGCGGGACCGCAAUAUAAUAGCUAAACACAGUCCUGCUGCUCGCUGACUAACGCUCAAAGCCAACGCAGAUAACCCUGUUUACCUGUUUUAUUUAUAUUAUUGCUAUACAUGUGAUUUCAGGCUGUUUGGGUCACGUCUCUCGCCCCUUACGUCGUAUUGUUUAUGUUGCUGUUCCAAGGUAUCUCGUUACCGGGCGCCGGAGAAGGAAUACGAUACUAUCUAACGCCGCAGUGGCACAAACUCGUCAACACCAAGGUGCGGACAACAAAUCCGAAAACUUGUCGGUUUAUUGUUAUCGAGCGGUAUCCGCGGUAUAUUUUAUUCGUACGGAUUUUAUAUAUAUACAUAUAGGUAUGGAUAGACGCGGCGUCGCAAGUGUUCUUCUCGCUGGGUCCAGGGUUCGGUACCCUGCUCGCUCUGUCCAGUUACAACAAGUUCAACAAUAACUGCUACUGGGACGCCAUUUUGACCAGUUCAAUAAACUUCCUCACUAGUUUCCUGGCCGGUUUUGUAAUAUUCACCAUGCUCGGCUACAUGGCGCACGUUCAAAACAAGAGCAUAUCCGAAGUGGGCACCGAAGGUAAGUCUCAAGAUAUUAGGUCUUCGUGAUCACUCUAUUCACUUAAUUUCUUUUGACUUACAGGCCCGGGUUUAGUGUUCAUAGUCUACCCAGAAGCCAUUGCCAUGAUGACCGGCUCGGUCAUGUGGGCCAUAAUAUUCUUCUUGUUACUUAUUACAUUAGGUACUGUAUUAUAAAAUGUAUAAAUAUUAUACAUUAAUUCUAUGUUAUAAAUAAAUUUUGUGUUUAUUUUUAGCAAUGAGUUAGAAAAAAAAUUAUUGACUGAUACUUUUUCACAGACAUUUUGAUAAAUCAUAAUGUUGAGAUAUAUUUGCAUUCCACGACUUCGAAACGUUUUUAUACUAUUUCAUAAAUUAUUUUGUAAUAAUAAAAGUUGAAAAUUGUAAUAAUUAUUCUACUUUAUCAGAUAUAGUCGUAAUCAGUGGUAUAACCAGGAUUUACCAAUGAAGGGAGAUUAGGGGUCUAAGAGGUUUAGAGGUCUACAACUUUCUUAAAUUUACUCAUAUCUGAAAAAAUCAGUAAGGGAAGGGGAAGUUACACAACCCGAAAACCCCUGGCUAUGCCAAUGAUCGUAGUUUUCUGAACAGAAAAAUACCAAUCCGGUGAUCGUCUGUAAACGUAAUAUCUCUUAUCCUAUGUAUUGAUUUCUGCAAUAAACAUAACAGCUAGAUUAACACGCUGAUUUUUCCUGUAAUAAGUCGAUUAAACAACCGAAUAAAAUAAUUACAUUCACAAUUUGCUAAAUAUCGGCAACCUUUGAGAAAUCGACAGUUCGGUACGUGAACCAUAAUCUUGCAUUAACCACGAUCGUGAUUGGACUAUAUUAUUAAUUCUAUAGUUAGGUCUAAAAACGAAAUAAUUGUUUCGCUUGUCAGUCGAUUUAUUCCAUUGGGACACCCUCGUUAACUUCCUAUAGCCGUAUAUAAUACCCAUAGACCAUAUAGGUAAUUAUCGACUGCACAUUUAACUCCCAUCUCUUAUUGCACGGCUACUAGACAUUAAGUAAAAGAGAUACAAAUAUGUAUACAUUAUAAUAUUAUAAUAUUUUUUCCAUGAUUAGUUUAUCCAAUAGUGCUUUUGUUCAAUAUAGACCUAUUUUUUCUCUCGCUAUGCGCGAUCCAUAGCAGUAAAUAUUAACCAUGGUUUGCAUGGCGGCAUAUGCGUGCGUAGACUUCUGUGGCAGGUAUGGCUAAAUUUCAACUAACUAUACCCACCCUCCCGUGGCUAUAACUCAAAAAAAAUUGUAGACAUUUUUCAUAAAAACUUCAAGAGUGACUUCUUGUUGAUGACUGGCAAAUGUUAACAUCAAUUUUUUAUUACGAUCACGCAUACGAUUCGUCGUCAUCAAUAAUUAUUUAAGGAAAUCGCCGAAUAAAAUAAUUUAAAAAAUUCAGAACUAAUAACAUAUAGUCACAUGAUUUAAUAAAAUGAAAAUAUUAAAAAUAAAUUGCUAUUUAUAAAUAGUUCAUACAUUCAUAGAUUUAUACAUUUAAUGUAUUCAUACACAAUGAAUACAAUACAUACAAAUAUUUCUCCCGUCUAAUGAAAAAUAAAUACUGUACAUAUUAGGUAUACUUUAUAUUUUAUAAUAUUAUUCUAAGACUUCCAAUUUCUUUAAUUUUUUAAUUCGUCAAUAAUUUGUGGCAGAUCCAGUCGAUCCGGGACGAGGUGACCAGUAGUUUUUUAAUAAUUUUAUUUCUUUCGCAUUAAAUAAAAUAAAGUUUAAAAAUAUAAAAUAUCUUCACUAUUCUGAAUCGUAUACGGUUAUAAUAAGUAUAAUUUGAUAUACUUAUGUAUAGUACAGGUAGUAACACAAUUUGGUAGUUGGUUGUAUACUUUCUAUAUGUUUAGUUUCUUGAAUAAAUAUAUAAACACUUAAAAAUUAAAAACCCUAUAAUUAUUUUUAGUUAAAGUUACAACUUCAUAAGUCACUCAGUAUCUACCCACGUAUAAAAAAAGACUAAAAAAAGGUGGGAUUAUAGAGCCCAAUCAGAUAUACCUGUGCGCACAACUAUGCGUGUAGGUCAAAGUGGCUGAAAAGUGAUUGGAUGGACGGGAGAAUUAAUUUUAAUAUUAUGCAUAAUAUCACCAAAAGGGAUUUUUUCACAACGGCUCCGAUUGUGGUUAUUAGUGAUAAAUACCUAAUCUGUGUACUACAGAAUUGAACGAUAUUUUGAAUAUAAUCGAUCGUGUCUUUCGAAGAUCCGUACAAAAUAAUUAAUUAAUCAAUAUAUUUUAUUUACGGAGCUAUGUGUAUGUGCGAUUUUAUAGGUUUGGACAGUACAUUUGGCGGUUUGGAAGCGAUCAUAACCGGUCUUUGUGACGAAUAUCCGAACGUAUUAAAGAGACACAGAGAAUUAUUCGUGGCCGGUUUAGUAGCGGUGAUUUACAUAUUAUCGUUGCCGACCACUACAUACGUAAGUGAAACAAUUUUAAAAUUUUGAAACCAUAUUGUUAGAAUGGACAUGAUGGGUGUAAUAGACUAAUAUUUUAUAAUGAUAUACGUAUUUAAAUUUUAUUUUGUAUAACAAUUAAUGGGAGUAAUAUUAUAAAAUUCGACAAGGCACUUUUAAAUCGGUUUAUUUUUUUUUUUUUAGUGAUGGAUAUUCUCGAAUAGUUUUUACUACCGAAGGUUUCAUUCGAAUGUUUUCUCCAUAAGCGAAUCGAUAUAAACGUAUCGAAUUUAGUUCGAAUGCGAUCAACUAUAUAAUAAUGUUAUAUACGAAUAGUUCAAUAUAGUUACUAUUCGGUUAUGUCCAUCAGUAAUUUUUUUUAUAAUAUACGUUUGAUAAACAUUUAAGAUAAAUGAUAGCCGUAUCAAAUUGAAACUAACCUAUAUUGAUUUCAACUUAAUGGACACGCCUAUUAACCGCAGAAAUAAGACAAUGAGUAGGUACUCGGAAAAUCGACUUAGUAAACUAUAUAACAUUAAAUCUUUAUCGCUAUAAUAAAUUUAAUGUGAUGGCAACUUUAUUCGACGUGACGGUUGAUUUACACUGUAUUCGAUUUUCAAAAGAUGUAUCUCAUGGAUAAUUAUUUUAAACAUUUCCCGUCGUCAAUCAUUGUGAUGAUUAACAAUUGAGUGAUGAGUACCUAUAUUAUAUGAGUUUUUAUUAUACACAGUUUAAAUGUUCAGUGUAAUAAUAUUAAUAAAAUUAUCAUUUUUGGAAUUAUCUUAUAGCAAAACGGGUUUGUUUUAACGUCAUUGAAAAAUUAAUACACACAUUUUAUUUAGUAUCGACACAUAAUUAUUUGCGUAGGACUUUAAAUUUCAGAAGUUCAAAUUUAUUUUUGGGAUUUAGUGCUUGGAAUAUGAUGGUAAUUCAAUUAUAAAAUAAUAACAAUAUCAAUAUUUAAUUUACGCAAUCAUUUCUUGUACGACUAUACGAAAAUAAUAAAAUACAAAAUAGUAAAUAUUGACUCGUGACACGGUAUUUAUAUUAUUAUCAUUAUUAUUCCGACAAAAGUUUACUUGACGAUAAAAUGUUCGACUCAUUGUUAUGGGAGAAAUUUGAAUCGUUUGCAGCACAUUCAUAAAAACGUUAAAGAGUAUUUGAAACGGUUAUUUUCUCUCGUUUUCUAAUUACAAAUACACAGUAUAACAUUUCAGAAAAAUUGUCUGUUUAUCAUUCUGACUGAAGUGAAAAAGUGAUAAAAAUUCUGAUAAUAGAUUCGAAUCCCGGGGUUUUUGAAUUGACUUCCAAACAUAGGUAGUCCAUAUUUUUACUUAUUGAAUUGGCUCCCAAGAUUUAGUUACUGAAUUGGCUGCCUUGACAUUUAUUUCAUAAAUACAUUGGUUAUCAAAAUUGUUCAAAACAAUAAAUGAAUAAAUAAUAAUUUAAAAUGUAAAUAUUACAUUUUAUAGAGUUAAAUGAAAAUAUCAAUAUUAAAGUUCAAUUAAAAUAAUAAUAAUUAUAAUAAUUAAAUUAUAUUAUAAAUAAUUUAAAAUAUAAAUAAUAUUAUUUAGUAGACUUAAAUUUGUUAGCUAGUGCUUGUAGAUAUAAUGUGCAUGUAUAGAUUUUACACCAACUUCUUAUAAUAAUUUCAGUAUCUGCUUGAACACUAUAUAAUACAUUAAGGAAAUUGUAAAUAUUUGGGUGUGAUGAAUAAAUUGGGAAUUAAAAUUAAAAUGAAAAGAUUCACAUGAAUUAAUUUUCCUUUUUCACUUUUUAUUUUUUCGACCAAAGCGCUCAAUAAUUAAAACUGUUCAUAUAUAUAAAUACAAACGACGAACUGUGAUUUCUGUAUUGUGCGAUAUCAGAUCCAAUUAAUUUUAAGCACUCAAUAAUUUGAUAUAGCAAUUUUUAUUAUAGUUAAAUCGUGACCGUUGAACGUGAAUCGGCUUAACGAUUAGAUCAUUUUUAGUAGUAAUCCAGCACUAUGUUGCUAAAAAUAUUAAUUUCACAUAGGUACUUUUUUUAUUUUGAGACUUAUUUUUACACUUGUUUAAAAUAUUAUUAAAAGCCAAUUCAAUAUUAUGUUUCUUGAGAGCUAAUUCAAUGACCACCUUGAAUUUAUCGUGCGAUUUAUCAAUUAUAUUGGGUCAGACUAUUUUUUUAAAUUAAAUUAAAUUUUUAGAUUUAAAUUUUUUAUUUAUACACAUUUUUAUACAUUUUCAAAUCAAACUUUUGGAAAUUAAAGAUCGAAAUUCGAAAAAGUGGUUUGGUCGAUAUCGUGUUAUUUAGGUUCAUGUUGAAUUAAAAUCCGUUUUCAGAAUUCUGAAAAUGAGGCCCAGAAAAUAUAAGAGACGUUGGUCUGAGUGACUGAGUGUAUAAACCAUCGUUCCAUAGCAAAUAAAUGUUACAGUAACCCGCGGGAGACUAUUUAAAUUUUAGAUAAUAAUCAUAAUUAACAGUAGACUCGGUUCAUCUGCCUCCUCCCUCCCCCAAAAUUCGAGCAUACAAGAAGAUUUUAGCCGGUAAAAUAAAUCCGAAUAAUACUCGCGAGUAUACACAACAGCAGUCUGUUAUAUUUGUAUUUUGUUACAUAUAUGUUUGUUUAUUAUUGUAUACCUAUUAUUAUAUUAUGCAGUGCUCGAAUUGGACAAAUAAACGACAAGGGAUUAAGAGACUUAAACAAAAUUAGCGUCCCUCGCAAUGAGUGAAUUCAAGUAUUCAACCUGAUCCGCGGCAGUCUUUGAAAUGUUAAAUUUUCAAACAUUUUGGAUUGAUCAAAAAAUUAUACUUACAUAAAUCGAAAAAUAAAACAUGAAAAACGUGAUUUUACGAUUUUCAUUAAGAUUCGAACUUUAAACGAGUACAUAAUAAUACUUCUAUCAUAUCGUUAUCAUACACUAUAUUAUAAUAUCUUCUAUAUUCAAUCGCUAUUCAUUGAAAUACUUUUUUCUUUUCCCAGAUUUAAAUCGAACGAUUUCGGAGAAGUCGGAGUGCACUUAUAUAAGUACCCAUAUAUAAUAUGCGUGUAUAGUAAAUGGCAUUUUCAAAAGGGGUUUAUUUACAUCUCGGACACCCGAAAUCCACACAUCCGGGUAACCAUUCCGGCAUAUAGGUACUCCCGUUUUACCGCGUUUAUUUGUUUUGUGCUCGCACGUCGUCCCAGACUCUUGAAAACGCUUUUAACGCCGUUCUGUGGCCCGAAUAAUUCAAAUUAGAAUCCGUCGAUAAAAAAAUGUAUAUUUCAGUAUAAUAUGGUAUAUCUAAGUAGGUUUAAACCGGAAGAUUUUCAGACGGCCAAAGACAAAUAUUUGGUCUUUCGAUUUGUAUGGGUACAAUCACAAUAGUAUAAUUUACAGUUUGAUUGCGACAACUCCGCAACGGUUUUGAAUAGCGAAAUUCAACGAAUAUUUCGUAAAUUAUAAAACAUAAAUUAAAUCUGGUAUAAGUACAAUUUUUCGUAUACACAUAAUAUAUUUAUCACUGUGAACUUGUGUUUCCACUGUUAUUAAUAUUAUAUAAAUGCACAUCACGAAUUGAUUUCAAUGAGUAUACUCGAUCCACUUUAGAGUUGGAUAUUAUUUGUUAAACCGAAAAAUGUUUUAUCUGAAUCGUUGCAGUCUUGAACCGGAUUACAAUUUAUAUUAUUACGUUUUUCGCUGCCAAUCGGCCGAAACCGGUCGGUUAGCGUACGGGUACGUACAUACAUGACGUAUACCUAUCGGCUACUCGUCUCUCGCCUUUUUAUUUCUUCCGGGUCUCCGCGCUAAUCUCCCGUUUGUCUACAGACCCCGCAGUCCCUCCGAAUCGUCGGCCCCGUCAUUUCAAAUGCUUUUAACGGUGGCGAAUCGCAGGUUUAUAUAUAUAUAUAUGUAUAUGAUAGAAGCAAUAAAACGAAUGUCGUGUACCUAAGCGCCGAAAUAUCGCGCGGUCGCGGUCGCGAUGACGGCGGAGCGAGCGAAUCCAAUAAUUCUCGACAGGUCGAAAGUCGGCGGCGGCCGGUCGUUAAUUCUCUCCGCGUAUACGCACUCCGUAGCGCCGUACUUCUCGAGACCGGUCGGCCGCUAAUGGCCCGACGUUUAUAGACACGCCGCUCUCCGGUCGGACGCUUAAUGUACGGCGGCGGCAAUACGACAACGACGGAGUUUUUUUUUUUUUCCUCUUGUUUCCCAUACACAAUUUAUAUUAUAUCGCGCGUAUAUACCAGUAAGUGAGCGGGCGAGUAUAUCGUCGGGGGGAGGGCGCGCGCGUUCGCCGCGCGAGGGGAGUGUGGGAGAGCCGAGGGCGCGACGACAGUAUGAGUUGCCGCCGACUGUAACGAUAACCCCGCCGCACAUACGGCCGGACGGAAUGAUAACAAUAAAACGUGUACACACCUCUGCACCGCGGCAAUAUAAUAUAUUACGUACAAUGCCAUUGAAGCCGAUCGGCAUUUUUUCCCGGGUGACUUUUAUUUUUUCUCCGCUCCAUCGUCUUCGUCUUCUUUUUAGCUUUAAAAAAAAAAACCCUCCCCCCCCUCCCUCUGAACCCGGCGGCCGUAUAACGUAAUAUUAUGCAAGCGAAAUAGUCCCGCUGCAGUUCGUGUUUGUUAGACGGCGCGUAUACAUUAUAUAAAUAUACUAUUGUAUAAUAAUAUACUAUUAUACCGCUGUGCGAUACGACGAUGCCUUUAAUGCUUUUAAAAAUGUCGUAUAUAUUUAUCGCUCGUGUUUUAAUAGUCCUUUGAAUUCCAUUAGCAUUCCAUUUCACCCACUCUGAAACAAUAAAAUACCUAUACGGAAUGAAUGUGUAUACUCCAAGAGUCUACGAGUUUAGAAAUAGGUGAAGCGUAUUAUUAUGAACGGGCGCUGCUAUAUUACUAUAAUAGUUAUAAUCAUUUUAUCGGUUAGUGAUUUUUUUAUUGUUCGUUGGUUUUUUUCCUGACAAGGAAACAAAUUUUCGGUUAGCAGACACGCUCCGAUUUUUUUAUGGCACACAUUUUAUAAAAUAUGCGGAUUUUUAUUAUUUGAACAAAUUUUUGAAAUUUCUAAUUCUUUUUCCAAAAAAUCGUUUUUUACGUUAUUUACUUAUUUACUAUUACUUAUUUUUGGUAACACUUUUUUAACCGAAAUCGAAGUACAGCAACAAUUCAAAAACACAGAAAUUAUUUCUCUCUAUUGCUAUUUGCUACAAUAGCUUACUAUAGUAUCUAUAUACUCUAUAACGUCUCUUACGUUAUAAUACGUUAAUUAUUAUUCACGAUUACAAAAUUAAAUGAAUAAAAUAGUAACUAUAGUAAUAUUAGAUUAAAGAUAAUUCCGUGUCAUUUUGUUCUGCAAACGUAUAAUGUUUUACUUCGGAAUAUUAAAGUGAAAAUUGAAUUUAUUAGCGAUUACUAUUUUUAAGCCCAAUUUAAUAGAAUUAAUUCUCCAUUUUAACUUAGUUAAAUUUAUUCAGAGAGAUUAGCGAUAGAUGUUCUAUAUUAUAUAGUACUAUACAUAUUGUUUGAAAUGUUUAGACUGUCACUAUAUAGUCCUGAACACAACAUUGUUUAUCUCAACCUGAUGCAAUAGAAACAAGAAAUGACAAUACAAUAUGUUAUUAAAAAAAAAAAAAAAAGGUUGAUGUGUACAAAGGAAACCGUCUUAUUGUUAUUUUUUUUUAAUAUCUUAGAUUAUUAACACUUGGAGAUUUUAACCCAUUAUAUUUUUUACUUAAUCCGCAUGCACAUUAAAUAGCUAUUUAAAUGUAUUAUAUACAUAGUAUAUAGGUACUUAAUAAACCUCUUUCUGAAAUGUUCUAGAAUUACAAAUAAACGAGAUAACAUUACCGAAUAUAAUAGCGUGAUAGAUAACUAUUUACAACGCAAAAAACCUGCUACUAUAUGUAUACAUAUAUUUGCAAUUUGUAUACAAACUUACAUUCGUUUAAGACAAAAUAAUUAUUGUUUUAGCUGCACGUACUUUUUUAAAUUAAAUCGCAAUUACAAAUUCCAACCGUCGAAUUUAUUUCACCAAUUAAAACUGACUAAACUACAGCAAUAAUAUUACGCUAACUCUUACGUAUGGAUAGAAUGUAUUGACAACAGAAGGGAUACUGAGAACCAUUCAAAUCAAAGUAUGGAGGAUAAAAUGUGGAUUGGUUUAUAAUAUUACAAAUGCGUGCAAAUUAAUGGAGAGGAAGUUUAAGAUAAAGAAGUGCAGACAAAUUGGUUUAACACCAGUUUGCCAGCUAUACGAGUACAUAGGUUUAAAAAAAUACAGUGUCGGUUAGGACACACAACGAGAAGAAUCGAAGAUAAUAACACGAGGGCAGUUGUGAUGUAGAAGUCAGAAGGGAAGAGACCCCCAAGGUAGACCACGGUUAAGUUGAAUAGAGGUAGUAAAAGGAGAUCUUAAAAUCCUAAAAAUAAUACACAUGGUUUAAACAAAUAUUUCAAGACCGUAAGCUAUAUGAAGGGAUAUCCGGAUUUAAUGCUGGCGACAAAGACUCGAGCUUUCAAAAAAGUUAUAAAUGUCAAUAAUAAUAUAAUAACAAAAACUACAUCAAUUUGUGGGAUGUUUUAUAGUGCAGGUUGCACGUGGUAAUCAAAAGUAGGUAACCAUCAUUAAAAUAAAGGCAAUAGUAGCGCACUUGAGUUUUUAAAUUCCCAAAAAAAUGAAUAUAUUGUUUCGAGAUAAUGAGAUUGUUACGAAACAAAUCAUUCUGUAUGAUAUCGAUUUCAGGAUUUAUUGUAAAUAUAUUUAUUUAUUUAUUUAUAUUGUUAAAAUUAAUAUUUUAUGUUCACCGUAUUAUCAAAACGUAUACAAUAUUAUAAUAUGAUUUACAUUUGCGUUUUAGGGCGGAGUACACUUGAUUACAUUACUGAAUGUAUUUGGACCCGGUAUCGCCAUACUAUUUGUAGUAUUCGUUGAAGCUGCAGCGGUUUGUUGGGUUUAUGGCGUUGACCGGUUCGCGAAUGAUAUCGAAAUGAUGAUUGGACAUAGGCCCGGUUUGUUCUGGAGAUUGUGUUGGUGUUACAUAAGUCCCGCAUUUUUAUUGGUAAUUACAAUCGAACCAGAUAAAUAUAUUACUAUCGUUGUAUUUGUAUAGGUAAAUUGUCUUUAACGAACGGUCGUUUAGACUAUCCGCUAUUUUUUUGUUUUUUUUUUUUUUUAUCGCAGGUAUAAAGAUAAACUGUAAUUUUCUCGAUACAUAAUUUCGCUCGCCAAUUAGUUCAAAAAAUUAAAAAUAAAACCUGUUAGAAAAUGGCACAUUUCCGGACACUUUAAACGAUUACUGCAAGAACUAGGAAGUGAUCAUACCGAAAUCCCGAAUGAUCGGUCAUUCCUACAGUUCAUCCACUCGUACCUUAUCAGAAAGGAACCUCCAUUCAGAUGCAAUAAUUGUCAAUAUUUUAAAUUCUAUAAACAAUGCACAAAAUCUGAGUCCUUAUAAUUAUUUUCUUCUUUUUUCAGCUGUGAAAUAUUGUUAACUCACAUGCAGGGACUAAAUAAAAACCAUAAGUCGUUGAAACUUUUUCAAAUAAAUUUAAUUAAAAAAAAAAAAAAAAGCGUAUUAAAUGUAUUUUGGAAUUUAAUACGAUGUAAUAUAAUUAUUAUAGCAUAGACCAACAAAGUCAAGAUCAACAAUGAUAAUAUUUUCUGUGUUUACCGUGUAUAGGUGAUUUUCGUAUUCUCGAUACUGGGCUAUAAGGACAUGAUGGCCGGCGGCAGUUAUAACUAUCCGGAUUGGAGUAUCAACAUGGGAUGGCUGAUGACCGCAUCUUCAAUCAUGUGCAUACCUGCGUAUUUCCUUUACAAACUGUACAAAACGCCCGGAACAUUUAUGCAGGUUAAUGAUAAAAAUCGCAUACCAUAUCUUUGGUCCUAGAAAAGAAGGGCUUCGCAUUUUUUUUAAAAACUAAUUUUUCUUAUAUUUAAUUUCUUCCUCUUUUUUCGGUUAUUUUGACAUAAAAUGUACAUAUAUUCUAAAACAUGCUAAACUUAUACAUAAAAUUAAAAUAUAUUAAGUCACUACAAUCAAUAAUUAAAUGUACUAGUAUAAAGUACUACGUAAAUAUAUUACUUAGUACAACGAAUCCAUGCUAUGGUGCAUUUUUUGUUUGUUAAGAAAAGAUUUAAGUAAUAUUUCUUAUUUAGAAAUUUAACCAUUUACCAAUAUUGUAUGCCAUUAAGCAAUUCUCAACAUUUAAUUUGGUUGUAAAACUAUACACAAUUACCCUUCUUCCCUGGGACCGAACAUUAUAUUAUACAAUAUAUCUAUUGCCAAAUAAACAGGUAUAUAAGGGUUAUGAUGGUAUUAAUAUUGAUCAUUGAUGAUGAAAUGAGGUGCACUACCAUAAGUAUCAUGACUAUCCAGUGGUGGAUUUAGCGCCAGGAAAAGUAGGCAGUUGCUUAGGGUGGUAAAUUUUUAGGGGUGGCAAUUUUACGCCAAUAAUUUAUUGAGAAUGUUAGUUUUUUUUAGAUUUUGUAAGGUAGUUUUUAAUCUUUACAACUGAAAAAAACUACCUAUCAAUAAUUUAUAGUAAUAAUAAUUCAUAAUUCAUAAUCCAAAAGUUAAUUCAAUUUUAUGCAUAUUUAUCAUAUGUUGGCUAUUACACACUACGUGUACAAAAAUAAAACUUUUUUCUAUCCGAAUGAUAGAACUGGAAUAAUAUUUUUCUUUGUAACUAUAUGAAAUAGAGGGCGGCCGAUUAGAAAAUAGGUAUUAUCCAUGCGUUUAUUCUGAUUAGACAUUCGAUUAUUUUCAACACAACUUUCAAGGCAGAUAGACGUAUUAUUCGGAUGUUAAAUAAGUACUUAAAAAUUCGUUUUCUCAUUGAUAAGUUUAAUGGGGCGACAAAAUAAAAUUUGCCUAGGGGCGGCAAUUGUGUAAAUCCGUCUCUGUGACUAUCGCUGGGAGUCCGGGAAAAGUGGGAAAUAUUAGCCGACGUGUCUGUCUAUUAUGUUUAUUAUUAUUACGAAUUAUGAUUAUUAUACCCAUAUACAAUAUUUUGUACGUAUUUUUAUUUUUAUAAAAUGUAUAAUAUAUAUAUAUAUAUAUGUAUUCGUGACGCAGAGAAUCAAAUUGGUUAUGAAACCGGAAGACCCGGAACCGGACGACCGGAACAUGGUGGCCGCUGUACACGGUGUCGGCGCAGGAGGCGGCACGCACGUUUGACUCGAAUGGCUCGUUUGAUGUAAAAUCACACACAAACACACACUUAUUUAUACACACACACAUACACACAAACACACAUUUACACAUACUCAAAUACAAUACAAUUGUAUAGUAUUUGUUCACACACACACACACACACACACACACACACAUACACACACGCACACGCAUACGCACACAAACGUACUCGCAAACAAUUUAAAUUAGUAUCUAAAGAAUAAUUUUAGCGCAAGUAUAAUUGUAGUGCUUGGGAUAAUGCAGAAUUUCUUGUUUCUUAAUUUCGUUAAAUCACAGCUUCGUAAGUUAGUUUCCUAUAUUUGGAUUGCUCUUUAUAUAAAGAAAAAAAAAUAUGUCUGCAUAACCGCUAUCGAAAACUAAGUAUUUUAUCGUAGUGGUGUAUUUUUAGCGGACUUAAUGUCUUAUUACAAAUAUUAAAAAAAAAAAAAAAAUAGUAUACGAAUAAGGUUAAUUCAUUAUUUUAUUAUAGAUUACUUAUCAUAAUAUAUUAUAACACUUAUAACAAUAUAUACAUUUUAAUCAUAUUAUAAUAUAAUACAUCUAAUAAUAAUAUUUUAAUAUCGUUGUAGUAGAUACUUACUUAAAAUGUUUAAGUCUUAUGAAACAAAAUGUUCUGAUCGCCAAUAUUCAAGAUAUUAUAAUAUGAAUAAUGCCGUGUUGUACACGAACGACAACAACACUCAUAUACUUAAGUUGUAUAACGUAUAAUAUUUUGGUUUUUAAUAAUAUUUACCCUGUAUAAUUUAUGUAUUUAAGUGUAAUCUAUCAAGCGUUGGGUCUUACAUAUAUUAUGCACACAAUAUAAUAUUCUUGUUUUUUAGUCCAGGCUCACGCAACGCCUGUAGAUAUACUUAUAACGGUAGUGCUGCACGAUAUUAUCUAUUACUUAUAUUAUUAUAGUAAUUGUGUAUUUAGAAUAAAUAGCAUUAAGUAUAUUAUGCAUUUUUACAAUAUUUACUGAUGAAUUCCGAUUAUCGCGCAUGUAUAUGUACCUAUAAUAAUAUAAAUAAUAAAACUCACCGUGUAGAUCUUUUUCGAGAUAAAGUCAGUUGGUUGGUUAACAAGUUAGCGUUAGCUGUAUACGUUCAUGUGUAAGUUUGUACACUGUUAUUGUAGUUGUAACUUGUAAGUGUUUGAAGCUCGAAUAUAAAACAAAAAUAAAAAACAAAUGUCCGAAAUAGGUUUUUCUUCGCUGGUAUAUAGCUAGGUGCGUAGUCUGAUAUGAUACCUGAAUAGAAAACUGAAUAAAAUAUCAAUAGACUUUCGUUUAAAAUAUUAUAAUAACGCGACAUAGGUAAUAACACUAUUAUUAUUAUUAUUAUUACUACUAUAGGUAUUGUACCUAUAUUAUAUUGUUAUAAAGGUUUAACUAUUAUUAUAUAAUUACUUAAAACGUUUUAUAGCAUAGGUAUAUUACAUAUAGGUACUUAAAAUAAUAAAUAAAAUCGCGGUCUGACACUCUUGCGGUAUACAUAUAAAUAUUAUAAUACAACUUAAUUAUUAUUAUUAUUAUUAUUAUUACUAUUCUAUUUCGAUUAUUAAUUAUUAUUAACGCGUGUGUACUUAAUCGUAAUAUUAUUAAUCCAUCUUAAGUAUUAAUUAGUAUUAUUAAUUUGUGCCUCGCAAAAACACUAAUAUUUGAAUAAAAGAUAGAGUUUGAACCCCCUCCUCCACCAAAUGGUCUUGAAAUAAUAUAAUAAAUUCUCGAAUUUCCAAAACGGACUCUUUUCAUUCUAAAACGCAGUAGUUAUUACUUGUUAUAAUAUUACUUCCAUAUACUUUUCAAACAACUAAUUAACUCGUAGUUUAGGGCCUUUAUAACAAUAAACAUUAAGACUUACUAUACAAAUAUUAUAUUCUACACAUGUUACUACUAUUUCGACGUGUUUUACGAUUAAUUAUUAAUAAUUAUUACUACUAUUAUUCAUUAUUAACAUUUUAAACUUAUAACAAUAACUUAUAGUAGUUUUAUAUUACCAAUACUAUUAUGCUAAAUGAUACUCAUUAAAUUAUAAUAAUAUUAUAACAAUUAUUGUGGUCUGACACUAUUUACUAAUAUUAUUAAUUAUAAUUAAUCAUUAUCCAUUACUCUUUAUAAAUAUAAUUAACUAUUAUUAAUCAUUAUAUAUUACUAUUAUAAUAUACUACAAUAUAGUAUACAAUCAUUUUUUUUUUUAUUACUGCCAAGUUAUACGAACAUUAUAUACUGCUUGGUUAUAAUAGCUUGUAAACGAUAU